UUUUUGGAAAUAAAUGUCUAAACCCUUCACCCAUGUGCCUUUAACCUUCACAGACUCCGUGAAUUGAUGCCCAUUUCCUAAAUAUUUGGUCACAUGAUCAAUUUUUUUUUACCAUAUCCAAUCAACUUACCCCACUCUCCCCUACUCUUAUUGAUUGAUUCAACUAACUGGAGACUAUAAAAACUUUGUGUCAAUGCACUGGGAAACCUGUAUUAUGAGGCCUAGAAACGAGCCUCUCAACAAACUGUGUGACCUUAUCUCGUCCACUAGAUGUCACUCACAUUCAGCUCAUCAGCUGAGCUCCAAGUUUUACACCUUUAGUAAAGAUUUCGCAGUCUCUGACCAGACUCGGCCUUAACACAUUUUACUUAUUCACGACCUCAAAGCUAAGAUUUCAGCUGUACUUUAUGAAUGUAUAUUUGUUCAAGAUGUUAGAUAAAAGAUAAGCCAUUUAUAAAACACGUGAAACAAGAUCUGUUGGUUCAACACAACCUCACAGGAUAGAUUCAGCUGUUAGAUCUGGGAACUGUUGGUACAUCAGUGUGACUGAUAAAUUGAUUGAAAUACUGUGUUUUUCUCUCUGUAGGAUUCUUACUGGAGAUAGCCUGGCAAAGAAAAUCUUCAACUCUCAGCAUCAUGGCUUCAGACACCCUAACUUUUAAGGAAUGUGCAAGUUAAUGUGUAAGCCGUUCUUGGAGGUGGGUAGUAAAUGUUUGUCACUGACUGUAGGCUACAUUAGAGGUUUUUGGUGGUUAUGUGCCACCACUAUGCUACACCAUUCCCAUUCAGCUUACUUCUCUAACAUUGACUCUCAGACCUGACAAAUAAAACUUGAUGAAUAUAGUGUUGUCAAGUAAAUAAAUGAAAGUUGUUGUUCUCUGUAAAUAAUGAAGCUUUAGGAAGUUCCCAUUUAUCACUAGUAGCAGGGGGUUUCUGUCAAGUCCUCAGACCUCUAACAGAGCUGUUGUCCCUCCCCAACACACACACACACACACACACACACACACACACACACACACACACACACACACACACACACACACACACACACACACACACGCAGGUUUAUGAUAAUGAGGAGCCUCAAGGCAGGGGGAGCAGGAGCCAUUUUUUCACUAUUCAAGCGGAGUUACGCGGACGAAGCGGAGGUGCCGCUGCUGCUGCUGUUGUUGUGACCGGCGUGUGUGUUGUGUGAGUGAGUGUGUGGAAGUCGCUCCGGCCAAGGUUACUGCGGAUUUACCUUCUUCAAAAAUUCACCGGAGUGACCGGAGAGAGACGCGCGCACUGAGAGCAUGGCUCCUCUGCAACAAAGGGAAACUCUGAGGCGGAAAGUUUAAAGGAAUAAGAAGCGGCAGAAAUACGCAUUCGGAGGUCCGGGUGAACACAAACUCAGGAGCGAUGCACUUCUUUAAAUGGGAUUUGUUGUCCUUUUUCUGGUGGUGUAAGCUGGUUUCGCUGGCGCAUUGUUACACCGUUCAAAUCAAUGAGGAUGCAGGGAUCGGGACAGUGGUGGCCGGUUUGGAGCAGGGCGCACGGUGUACUUUGGAUCAGGUUUUAGCCCCGAAAUUUACGGAGCGGUUCCUGGAGACGGACUCUGCGGCAGGUAUUGUGUUUGUUUCGGACUCUGUAAAGUGCCCCAUGCUGCGCUCCAACCCUUUCACCGUGUUCACUGUGUCUGACUGCACGGACUCCGGUUACAGACACCUCCUCACCAGCCAGUACAGCGUGCAUGUUCACGGUAGGAACUGCUCAAACAAGCGUAAAAGAAAACUCAAGUGGGACAUGGAGGUGCUCACGCUGUUAAACUCUCACAGUCCCCACAACUCAGAGUGCCACCAAGCAGGCUCUGCUUUAUUUUCAGUGGGGGGUCUGCUACCUGGAGACCCAGUCAGAUGCAAAGUGACCAACAGCCGUAACUUUUACUUCUCGGAGGGGGACCUGUUUGUGUCUGAUACUCUAUGCUGGAGACAGGACACACUCUUUGAGUUGGACUUGCUCUGUGAUGUACUCACUGGAAAUGGACUGACCGCUAAAGUCAAUCCCAUCACCAUCCAUUGGCGUGUUGGGCCGGGGCCCUUCAGACAGGCCCACCUGCGGAAGUUGUUGACAAAGGCGGCUCAAUCUGAUUCAGGGAUUGUAAGCAGGAGGAGAAGAAGCAUCAACAGCAGCCCUCAGUUUCAGCCUCCAAUGUACCAAGUGUCAGUGUCAGAAAAUAAGCCAGCUGGGACUCCUGUUGUGGUUUUGAAAGCAGUGGAUGUGGAUGAGGGAGACGCAGGUCGGCUGGAGUACUUCAUAGAAGCUCUCUUUGAUAGCCGCUCCAACAACCUCUUUGCUGUGGACCCAGCUAACGGAGCUGUGUCCACAGUAGAGGUGCUGGACCGCGAGACUAAAGACACCCAUGUGUUUAGAGUUACUGCAGUUGACCACGGUUCACCACGCCGUACAGCCAUGGCCACCCUUACUAUCACAGUCAGUGACACGAAUGAUCAUGACCCUGUGUUUGAGCAGCAGGACUAUAAGGAAAGCAUUAGAGAGAACCUAGAGAUAGGCUAUGAAGUGUUAACUGUGAGAGCCACAGAUGGCGAUGCACCUGUAAAUGGCAACAUCCUCUAUCGUAUCAUUAACAGUAAUGGUUCCAGUGAUGUGUUUGAGAUUGAUUCCAGGUCUGGUGUGAUUCGCACCAAAGGCCUGGUGGACAGAGAGUUGGUGGAAGCAUAUAUGCUGUUAGUUGAGGCAAAUGACCAAGGUCGUGACCCCGGCCCUCGUAGUGCCACAGCUACUGUUCACAUUGUGGUUGAAGAUGAUAAUGAUAAUGCCCCUCAGUUUAGUGAAAAACGCUAUGUGGUUCAGGUGCCAGAGGACAUGGCCCCCAACACAGAGAUCCUGCAGGUCACGGCCACUGACCAGGACAGAGGCAGCAAUGCUAUCGUCCACUUCAGCAUCAUGAGCGGGAACACCAGGGGACAGUUCUACAUCGAUGCUCAGACAGGUAAAAUGGACUUGGUGAGUCACCUGGAUUACGAGGCCAACAAAGAAUACACCCUAAGGAUCAGAGCUCAGGAUGGAGGACGUCCGCCGUUGUCCAACAUCAGUGGCCUGGUCACUGUACAGGUGUUGGACAUCAACGACAAUGCCCCCAUUUUUGUCAGUACCCCAUUCCAGGCCACCGUGCUGGAGAAUGUGCCACUGGGUUACUCCAUUAUCCACAUCCAAGCAGUGGAUGCAGACUCUGGUGAUAACUCCAGGCUAGAGUAUCGUCUCACUGAAACCACACCAAACUUUCCUUUCAGCAUCAACAACAGCACAGGGUGGAUUGUGGUGGCAGCCGAGCUUGACAGGGAGAGCGUAGAUUUUUACAACUUUGGAGUGGAGGCGCGGGAUCACGGCUACCCCAUCAUGUCCUCCUCGGCUAGUAUCAGCAUGACAAUCCUGGACGUCAAUGACAACAACCCAGAGUUUACCCAGAAGGCAUAUUACAUGCGACUGAAUGAAGACGCAGCUGUGGGCACAAGUGUGGUGACAGUUUCAGCAGUGGACCAGGACAUUAACAGUGUGGUGACGUAUCAAAUAUCCAGCGGAAACACCCGCAAUAGGUUCUCCAUCACGAGUCAGAGUGGAGGAGGGUUGAUUACACUAGCGCUUCCUUUAGACUACAAACUGGAACGGCAGUAUGUCCUCACUGUCACUGCCAGUGAUGGUACACUGUUUGACACUGCUAAAGUGUUUGUCAACGUCACUGACGCCAACACACACCGGCCAGUGUUUCAGAGCUCACAUUACACUGUCAAUAUUAAUGAAGACAGGCCUGUUGGAACAACUGUGGUGGUAAUAAGCGCCACAGAUGAGGAUACAGGUGAGAACGCGCGCAUCACCUACUUCAUGGAUGAUAGUAUUCCCCAGUUUGAGAUCGACGCAGACACAGGUGCUGUCACCACACAGAUGGAACUGGAUUAUGAAGACCAGGUUUCCUAUACUCUAGCCAUCACCGCCCGGGACAACGGCAUCCCACAAAAGUCUGACACCACCUACCUGGAAAUACUGGUGAAUGACGUCAACGAUAACUCCCCCCGCUUCCUCAGAGAUCACUAUGUGGGCUCUGUUAUGGAGGAUGUCCCUGUGUUUACCAGUGUUGUCCAAGUUUCAGCCACUGAUAGAGACUCCGGGCUCAAUGGCCGUGUCUUCUACACAUUCCAGGGUGGGGAAGAUGGGGAUGGAGACUUCAUAAUUGAAUCCACCUCUGGCAUUGUUCGUACGCUGCGCAGAUUAGACAGAGAAAACGUUCCCGUUUACAGCCUGCAGGCUUUUGCUGUAGAUAAAGGAACUCCUGCCCUGAAAACACCUGUGAACAUCCAGGUAACAAUCCUAGAUGUGAAUGACAACCCCCCAGUGUUUGAGAAAGAUGAGUUUGAUAUUAUGGUGGAGGAAAACAGCCCCAUAGGCGUGGUGGUUGCACAUAUAUCAGCAACAGAUCCAGAUGAAGGUAGUAAUGCACAGAUUAUGUACCAAAUAGUUGAGGGAAACAUCCCUGAGGUGUUCCAGCUGGACAUUUUCUCUGGAGAGCUGACUGCAUUAAUAGACUUGGACUAUGAAACCAGGUCUGAGUAUGUUAUCGUGGUCCAGGCCACCUCUGCUCCUCUGGUCAGCCGCGCCACUGUCCAUAUCAAACUUGUUGACAAGAACGACAACAUCCCUGUACUGAAAAACUUCCAAAUCAUCUUUAAUAAUUAUGUAACUGACAAAUCAAGCAGUUUCCCCGCUGGAGUGAUCGGACGCAUCCCUGCACAUGACCCAGAUGUCUCAGACCAGCUUCACUACAGCUUUGAAGUGGGGAAUGAGCUGAACUUAGUCCUCCUGAACCAAAGCACGGGAGAAAUCCAGCUGAGCCAGGCCCUGGAUAACAACCGGCCCCUGGAGGCCUCCAUGAGGAUCUCAGUGUCAGGUGAGUCUGCUAGAUAGCUGGUUUCAAACUCCACCCAGACAAUGAAAAAUAGAGCAGCGAGAGGACAGAAACCUCUCUGCGGUGUGCUCUAUUUCCAUUAGCAUGUCAUUUCCUUAAUUUACACGUUCGCUUCACUUCACCGGAUAAUGGAAGCGAUGAUGACUUCAGUAUGUCUGUCUUGGCUUUGGUUUUCCAGAGUGAUUUCCUUUUUGAUAUAUUCAUGAAGUAGGAUUAAUAUUCACCACAGCGUAUUUGUCAGUUACUUUCCACCCCUGAGAGUCAGAGUAACAAAGCUUGAUUUAAACAUUUGAAUUCUGUCAGGAAAAUGGUUUCAUUUGGUUUAUUUGUAGGGGGAUUCUGUAUUUUUCUGACCUCUCAUUAAGCAGCUUUCUGGUUUACAGAAGACUGAUUUAGCUCCGUCUUUUGUGUAGAUUUAAAUAGCUAUUUGUCUGAGCACGUCUGUAUCCUGUGGGAUCCACACUCCAGUGGGCAGACUGAUCAUGCCCCAUUAUUGCCCACCACAAAACCCUCCCUUACCACAAACAAUGAAGGACCUAAUUCAAUUAUGGCCUAUUUCUAUGGCUUGGUUAAGAUUAGAAGUAAGAGUUAAUUUUCUGCAAGGGCUUUAUUGUUGGACUGGCUUGUUUUUUUUUUUUUUUAACCAAAAAAGGGGGGUUAAAGAGUUUUCAGUAUUUAAGGAGAGGAUGCUGGGAGAGAGGAAGAAGUUUGUAAAUAGCAAGGUUCAUUACAGAUAUGAAUCUUGAAUUUUCAGUUUGUCGUGUGACAGAUGAUGUAGCUCUGAAGCUUUGUCUUCUCUGCUUAUGCAUGCUGCUAGUAUCAGUUUGUUAAUCUUGCUUGCUUUCAUUGGCUUGCACUUUUAAUUUUUCAUGGCAUUGCGCAUCACUAGGAUUUGUUUAAUUGCACUAAAUAUGUGACUGAACUUGAUUUGCACCCAGAGUGAAAGCAUGGGAUAGUGUUUGUUGUUGUUACUCUCUGCUUGAGCUUAUUUGACACAGUAUACUGUAAAUCUGCUCUCUCCUUGACCUUGUUACAGCCUAAGGAAGAAGGAAACCAACCAGGGGUGUGAUUAAGAUAUUUAGACAUCAAGGGUAAAAGAAAAACAGGUAUCUUUCAUCUAACUGAUUGCAUUAGCGGAGGUGUCUGACAACGAGUAGUGCUUUAUUGAUGAGUUGACACUUAAAACAGAUACUGUAUGGUCUGAGUGGGUAGUCGUUGUGAUGGAUUGGAGCAAAGCUUUGCCUCUCUGGAGAACAAUAGUCAUCUGUCAAUUUCGGGGUAGGGGCUACAGCUCAUACCAAGCUGUGGUUGGGGGCAACAGCUGUGACUCCACCACGGACCAAUUAGAGGCAGUGUCUCUCCAGCACGUCCCGCACCUGCUGGGGUUUAUGUGUCAGCACCCCUGCAGGAGACAGAGGGAGAUGGAGGAAGGCAGAAGGACAGAGGGGGAAGGGGUGGAGGGUUAUGUUGAGGUUGUGUAAACCUGGAAUGAGUCGCAAAAUACAGUCAGACUGUAAGAGAGACAGAAAGUCAUCAUACUUGGACAGUUGGUGGUGGAGGAGAUGGAGUUGGAGGAUGAGCUCCUCCUACAGACGCCGCUGACCCCAAUUUUCAAAGGCUUCCCCCUCCAGGGACCUCCCAAGUCUUCCCAUUAUCUCUUUCUUUAUGCUGCCGUUUAAGAGGCCCCUUAUGGUGGACGAUUUUUGAUGGGCUCUUUUGUAUGUUGUUGGACUGUGAUUAACAUCGUUUCUGAGCACUGCUCUUCAUCCCAAAAUGGAUGUAACAGCUCUAAUGAAGAUAUACUUAACUUAAGAUUUCAUGGGUUUCUUACACACGCCUCUGAAUGUUAAUCUUUGAAAAAUAGGUCAUUUUGGAUUUUAUUCAGUUGAAUACAAGAGUAUGAUGUUUUACAUUGCCCUGACACACAGGAUUUAAGUUUUGAAGAUAACCUGACCUCACUUCAUAAGCCUACAUUUUCAUGUCAUAUGAACUAGAAUUAUCAUACCAUCAUUUCACAUAUAUGGUACUGACUGUAUAUUGCAGUGUAUUAAUCAAAACUGAAAUCAAGAUGUGCUAUUGAAAGUAAAAUAUAGAUACAAUUUGAUCACCUUUUACACCUUUGACGUGUAUUUAUUUUUCAUUUUAGAGCAAUGGUGUGUACUCUUAAAGUAUUUAAAUGAACCAAAACUUAAAUUUAAUGGAGUGGUUUGGCCUCCAUGUCAAUGAAAACACAAAGAAAAAAACUUCUUUAGUAACAGUUUAAAAUCAUUGCAGCUAUUAAAUCUCCAAGAUCAACAAAUUGGUCAUAAAUGCUUGGUAUCCAAACAACUUAAUGUACCAUUCAGUAUGCUCACUGCUUUCUUUUUUUGGUUGUGACAUCAAAAACUCAAGACACCAAAAGCUGGUGAACAAAAUAAAAUUAGUUGCUUUUUUAUGAUAAAAGUUUUGAGUCACAAAAAAUGUGUUAGCCAAUUAAUAAGUUAAAUCACGAAAUAUAUCAUUUCAAAAGUGAAGAAUGCAUCUUGACUUGUACUAUUAUCAUCCAAACAAUGAGCAGCCGCUCAAAAAUGCCUCUGAUAAAUAAAAUAACUUGUUGAUGCUGCUGAACUUAAGCUGUGUGCACUAGCAUAAAUUUAGAGAUCAUUAUCGAAAUAUGAAGAUCGAUUAUCAGCGGUUUUAUCUCAACAAGAGGAAAGUGGCAAACCCAGAUUUGUUGGUUUGUAAGAAUUCUAGCUGUACUGGAACUAAUCAUUUGGAUUGCAGCCUGCUUUUCAGGUGUGCAGGGAAUAAAAAUGGGCAUACAUUGUGUGAUGAUAUUAUUCAUCAUGUGUCACUUCUGCAUUCUAAACAGAGUUGUGGUCACACUGCAGAGUAGCGAGGUGGUUGUCGUCUGAGGGAUUAGAUUAGCUGAAUCUGUAUCCUGGAUAUGUCAGACCAGUGUUGACACACUCAGAGGCUGAUCCACUGUUCCCUGGCAGGCGUGAGCAUGCAUAAAUAGGUGUUUGGGUCGGAUGAGGAAGAUUUUUCCCUGUUUAUCUCUUAUUUUGAAAGCCUUCUAAUUUCCGUGUUGACGAUAUGGCUAAUCCCUCAUUAUUCCUCAUUCAUGAGCAUAUUAAGAGUGGUGGUUUAUGAAGCAGAUUUGUUGUGUCUUUUACAGCUUUUUUCUCAGUCAUAAUCAGCGACUUCUUUGGGCUAAAAAUCAGCACUGAUACACUUAUUUUGGUUCUCCUUGACUGUCUGUGUGUGGUAAAUAUACAGUGUAUACAUUAUGGUAGCCUAGCCACCAGGACACUUUGUCCUUGUUUUAAUCAGAUUCAGACUCCAAGCCAAUAUUGUGCCCCCAUGCUCACUUUGCAAACGCCAAUGCAGAGAUUUAACAGACAAACACGCCUCCGCAACUAAUGAUGGCAGUUUGAUUCAGCUCACAUCACACUGCAGGUUGUACAGGCGCUCAAAUUACAUGGUGGACAGCAGAUAUUUUUCUGUGUUUUAUGUUUAAAGUGUGAGUCUGGAGAGGCUGUGGAUCCUCCAAGGUUAAAUGACUUGGCUGUCAAACUUUUGUGAGCUGAACUUGCCCGCAUUCAGAAUACCUUGCUGAAGUAAAUGGCGUAUAAACUUAAAUGGCUUUUGUGUCGCUCAAAGAUUGUUCACCGGAGUUAAACGUCUGUCGUGUUUAAAAAAACAAUCUGUUUGACUUGUGAGAAUGUUUUCUUUGCGAGCGCUAAUCAAAACAGAUGUUAGUUUUUUUAAUGGUGAAUAUGAUUUAAUACGGUAUAGGCUUACAUAAGAUUGAGCUACAAGACUGGAAUUUUAAUGCUCCAUCACAAACUGUUGAAGUAGAGGCCUAGACAUUAACAGCCAGUGUAAUUUCAUUAUAAUCUAUUUAAGCCUUGAGCUGUCUGUGGAGGGACUUUCUCAGGGGUUUGUCUUCUGUAACACUAGCCCAUCAAAUCUGGUGUUUGUGUGUGUCUCUGUGUGUGUCUGUGUUUGCCUGUGCAUGUGUGUGUGUGGCCUCAAACAGCUGGACCCUUCUGAUUGCCUCCCUCCUCGCCUUCCCGUCUAUAUAAUUAUUUCACCCGAGCGGAGCACACCUUGUAUUUCUGCGUUCUUUAUGCUUGAUGAAUUUCUGUUUGCCUUAUGCUUGAUUCACUGGAUUCAAAGUCACAGCUUGCGAAUGCUCGUCGCUUGUGUUUUGUGCGACCAGAGUCAUCUGUAAUGCGCUCCUUUUAUUCUCCAUGCCUUCCUCUCCCUGGUUGGUGUUAGUCACACUUGCAGGCUCGCUUGGAAUGUUUGUAUCAUUGUUUCUCUUCUUUUCUCUCCUUUUUUAGAAUCACCUAUCACCUUGAUCCUGUUUCUCUUUCCCUCUUUUUGUUUGCCUGUCACCAUUCCCCAUUUUUCUCCUAUCUGCCCGGGUCUUAUAGCUCUCACCCCUGCACCCUCCACUGAUCCCUCCCAUCAUUUCAAGCUCCUUCACCCCCUCUCUUUAUACCCCCCCCCCUUUCUCUGUCCCUCCUCCCUUUGACUGUUGUCCCCCUCAUCUCUCCCCUGUGAAAGGAAGAAUGUCUAAGAGAAAUGCUUUGUUAAGCACCCAGUUGUCAUGGUGAACCCAGCAAUGCCUGAGAAAUUCCUUGUGGGUGGGGAAGAGGGUUAAGGUCCCUUUUGUGGAAGUGAAGAUGGGGGAAGGGGAGGCACAUAAAGUUCUAAAGAGCAACUGUCCCUCCUCUCCUUCUUUCCAGUGAAGCAUGUAAGGCUUUCUUAGGGCCUGUAUUGCUGCAGGACAUGAUGACCUGUCCUGCCGGCUGCAAACAUUUUUACAGGGCACACAUCAAGUCAGCCGACACCUGAAUGCAGAUAAACUUUCCAUCCCCAGUGUCAUUGAAGGCCAGAGUCUAGUCUUGCAUAUGACACGACUUAAGAGGCGGUGAAGCAUCUAAAGCUGCAGGUGAUAUGAUAUUGUUGUCUCUCCGCUCUUUGAGCUGUGACACAGAUGCACUCAGAGGGUAUCCAAUUUCUUGCUGCCAGCUUGUUUCUUUGGAUGCAGGACAUCCUCAUGUGGGCCUCGCUCCUCCUCGCUUGGUUGCAUCAAAUGUCCAGAGGAGCUGAGCUGAGGUGAUGUGAGGGUGGGGUAAAAGGGGAGGGGGAUGACAUCAUCUGUAUAUUAGGAGGGGAAGUGGUGUUUGGGAUUAGGGCCGGGGUAUUGCUAGGGUGAGGAGACCUUGUGGUCUUGCAUAUAGCUCAGCGUUGUCCUGCAUUGUCCUUGCUCUCCCAGCAGACAAAGGGCUUUGCUCUGUCUGGGAUAGCCCCCCUCUCGGUCUUUGUAUCCUCUUGUUUGCUCUACUGCUGGUGUCAUCAGGACAGUUCCACCAGGCCGGCCAUUCAUCCAUGAAUUAUCCCUUUUACUGUACGAUCUGCCUUCCAGUGAACUGCUGACUGAGCAUAUAGUUUACAGCUGAAGUCUCGCCACAACCAACCAAGAAUAAAACACACACUAGCUUCUUUUGCACCGGAUGUGUUACCGCGCGUUAAGUAUAGCUAACAAACUAUAAAGUUGAAAAAAGGUUGGAGAUGUUGAAAAAAAAUAUUCUAACAAACUUGUGUCUCCACCUGCUAAAUUAGCUUAGUCAGCUGUUUAAUUGAAAGGAAAUUCCCAAAUCAAUAAUAUUGUUUAAAUGCUUAUUAUAAUUUGCUAGAAGUGAUGUUAUGCUAUGUUCGAGUUACCUCGGAAGUUAAAUCUCGGAGCUGAAAAUGACGUCACACCCGAGUUACCAGGGUUUCAGUUAUGAAGUCGGAAAAAGGCAAAAUUGGAGGUGGAGACAGGAUGGCUACAUCUACGAAAGUUAUUUCAGUGCUUGCCUUGUCCGCGCUAAAAUAACUUCAGGUUCGGACAAGGCAAGCGCUAAAAUUACUUCAGGUUUAGACAAGACAAGCAGUAAAAUAAUGUAAGGUUCGGACAAGGAAAGCGCUAAAAUAACUUAAGGUUCGGACAAGAGAAGCACUAAAAUUACUUUCGUAGAUGUAGCCAUCCUGUCUCCGCCUCCAAUUUUGCUUUUUCCGACUUGGUAACUCAGGUGUGAUGUCAUUUUCUGUCAGUUAAAUGCAGCAUUAAUCUGUGAAUCACUUACCCUUUAUUUUCCUCUUUGCUAGUUUCACAGCCAGAGAUAUAUUUGACUGCAUAAGUUUUUUUUUAAAUCAGAUAACAUUUUGACUCUGUUUUAGACAGGACCACAAAAUGAAAUAAGAAGUACUGCUUGGCCAUGGACGAUGCAAAAAUGAACCCUGUUUAAGUUUCUGACAUAAGCAUUAAGUUUGUCUGACAGUUUAGGUAUUAUUAUCUCUUCUUCUGUGGACUCCAAACAAUUCCUCACAUUAAAUGUAGCGCAGGAAUUACUUCAACUGCAUGAUUCACACACUGCAAAUGUGGCAGAUGAUGUUUAUCUAAGAGCCUAUCACCUUUACACUAGAUUGCACCCCUUUAGUAACCAACCAGAGCACAAUUUCACAGUGACCUGGUUUCAUAUGCUUUAACUCCGAGGGGUGAACCGCCAACAUGAAGCUGUUAAACACGAGGGUGAGAAGUGUGACCAGUGGAAGACGUGAACCUCAGCACACACAGUAGUUUGAGAUGUUUCAUCCCUGCCUCAUUUGUAUCAACACUGAUGGGAGGGUACCGAACCCACAAACACAGAUGGCUUCCUCUUGUGUGGGAUAAUUGUGUUUUCUUUGAUGGCGCUUAAUGAACGAGAGUUACAGUCAACACACUCACAUGCAGGUGGUUUCUGUUUUAGAGAGUAGACUUUUUUUUUUCCAGUUUGUCUUUCCAAGAAUUAUUCACUCCAACAUUGUUGUGUCAGAAAAAUUUCAUAUAACAACUGAAAUCUUUUUAUAGCUCAUAUCAAACCAAGGUUUUGGUUUCUUCCUGUUCCUGUUCCUAUUCAACUCGAACCUUAGUUCCCAGUAUCUAUCAUACAACCAUUGGUAUGUUUAAAUAACAACCGCAUGCUUGGUCACGUCUUUGCAUACUAAUGUCUCUUUACUAUUGCGCUGACAGCCGUUUUCCUUUGAUAUGCAAAUGUCCUGAUUGGAGGAGUUCAGAUGCUUUUCUGCGGCUCCAAAGCCGCUUCACUAAAGAGGAAGAAUCCGUGGAAUGCCCUCUUCUUGUGCUUUUUCAGAUACAGCAGAAAAAGUAUCAUCAGGGAGAUGUUGUUGCAGCAUCCACAAAUGAGUACGAAUGGCCUCUCUCCAGCACAGUCAGCUUUUCCUCCUAAAUGGAGAAAUCAGGAGAGGGAUUGUGGGUCUGCUCUGACUCCUCUGGAUGGAAAUCCUUGAACUGACAUUGAGCUACACAAGCAGUUUUCAUUAUUGACUCCUCGGUCAGUGUAGGAUUUAAGACGUGUUGUGUUGUGCUUAUCGUUACAGCUGAUCUUUGUUCUUUUUUUUUGUACUACUAGACCUUAAUUACUUGGCAGCUUAAGAUAAAAAGCAGUUACAUUACUGUUAGAUUAAAAAAAAUAUUUAAAGGCAAGGUCAGAGGCUUGAUUAUUUUUGUAUAUCUGUAUAUUUUUCUCUUUGACACAAAUGAACACAAACAAACAUCUUUGUACACACUGGAACUGAUAAUUGCACAUCAUGAAGCUCAGUGUGAUUUGUGUGCUUGAUCUAACAGCUUUAACAGAGCUCACAUACUGGUAACAGCCAAUCUGCUGUGUAGGCGUGCGAGUAUGCCGUCCAUUCCCUCCUUUUGAGGGUGUGAUAUGCAAGAGGGUUUUCUCUCGUGUGUGCAUGAGCUGUUGUGUUCAGAUGUAUUUUCACUUAGCGGUUCAGCUUUUUCACAACAAUGCGAAUAACAAUACAGUACUCAACAAUACUCAGCCUGAUGAAGGUGGGGAGCUUUUAUGAGAAAACCUGCCAUAAAUCCUCUCCAGACUGAGGUCAUUGUAUGCUGAGAGCCCCCUCGGGCUGCAAAUAUCCUGCAACGGCUACGGUGAUUACAGAAGCUUUAACUUUGUCUCAACUCCCAUGGUGUAUUCGAUGGUAUAUUCGGUAAACAAGGAAUGAGUUACAGUAACUACAGAUACCAUUCCAAUACUACUGUUGAAUGAAUAAACUGUAUACCUUGCUCUGUGAGUGAAGGCAUCAGGCUUGACUUGUUAAAAAAAGGUAACAAAUUAACAGAUAUAAAUGUACUUAAUAUUAUUUAUUAACAAAAAACAAAUUGCACAUUAGCACACUGCUAAAAGAAGUAAGACUUCCAUGUAAACAUUUAGUGCAAAAGGAUAGACAGACAUAGAAUAUAGAUCGAACAGAAUUUCUGUGUUGCUGUGUAUGAAUUAAAUUUUAAAAGAAAAAGACUGGAUUGGCGACACUCAUCAGAUAUCUGAUCCAGUUAUUUUGUCAGAAUCAGAGCUGAUAUCCGAUCCAAACAUGGGAUUGGUGCAUCCCUAAUAAAAUAAACAUACACAUUAAAAGAAGGAGACAGAUUGACCAUUUAAUGCAGAUGGAUGGUCUAAAUAAGUGAGAUAAUCAAUUCUUUCCUGAAAUCGUAAACACAAAUCCAGGCCAUGGCCCUGGGCAGACUUGCUGUACUUCUUGCUGAAAAGCUUUUCUUGACUUCUGAAAGCUUGAUGGUGAAGUGAGCCGCUGUGGUUGGAAGGAGGCCUGGCAGGUGUCGUUAAAGUACUUUAUGCAGAGCGUGGUGGUGGUGUCAGCAGUGGCGGCGGGGUGCAGGCUUCAGCCGUUGCUUGUCUAGCAGGGGGUCAGGAAGAGGGGAGAAGGGGAGGGGAGGAGGUAUGGGGGUAAUGAGAUGAAAAAUCUGUCCCUCUUUUUGCAAUGCAUAGCCCCCAUUCAACCCCCGCCCCAAACCGGUCGUUAGCCUCCAUUCAAGUAGCAGUAGAGUGAGUUUCACCUUUCAGCACUGGUGAAUUCAAGCGGGCCGCUCUUCAGCCACAUUUACUGCACCCUUUUUGAUCAGGAGGAGCUGAAAUUGAGCUUUUAAUUAAAUCAACACUAAGCAAUUUUUAAUGAAGGAGACAUCCGAUAAGCUUGACCUACAGAGACUUCUUCAACUCAUGAUAAACUUCAGUUCUCUCACUCUUGAACCAACAUCAGUCCUCAUUAGUGUUUUCCAGGCCUGAUAUCUAUCCUCAUUCUUCCCUCCUGGUGCGCUAAACUAAAUCUCAGCUUUCUGAUUGGUAGGAAUUCAGUCCUGCUGGGUGCUUUCUGUUUUUUUUGAAGAUUAUCUUUUGAACUUUUGGCUUGGUUGGAAAACAACUAGUGAAAGGAGAGAGUGGGGGACUAUUUUGCUGUCCAGUCACAUAAAACCACAAAAAUCCCAAAGAAUCUCUUACAAGUAUCAAACUGAACAAAUCUGUAGUCCUGGUUUUCUUUUUCUUUGGUAGCUAACCAUGAAAAAUUACAAAAGCUUCCCCUCCCAUGUGUUUGAAGUUGCUCGCGGUGUUGGGAUAGCUGUGUCUCCAGUUGUCUUCUUAGUUUUUCUGCCCUGUCCGAUUUCACCCCCCUAAGAUUUACAGUCAAGCAGGCCCCAUGUUGACGGGUCUCAGCACCUGCAAGCUUUAGUCUCACACUGGCCAUAAAUGUGUCAAGGUGACGACACAACUGAACGAGUGAAAUGCAAUAGAGGGGGUGGCUCAUAUCCUCACAUACAGCAGCAGCAGCAGAGCUCCAGUAAUUAAUGCAUGUGAUUCAAGUCUGUUCCAAGGGCAGAGUAUUUAACUCUAAUUAAAUGAAAGCGUGUCCUGUUUGUGGCCCUGCAGGGAUUUGACUCUCAGGUCGGAGCUCUGAGGUUUGUAUGGUGGGUGGUUAGUGGGUGGUAUGUGGAUGAGUUGUCUCUUGUGACCUUGUGUGGGCUUUGUGGUGUGAUGAAGUGUGGUGUUUGUCGGCAGUAUGCACAAGUGACACCUCUCACAGCGGUUUCACACAGUAUUACCUUGUAAACUGUGUUUUGCUGAUCUAAGUUUCUGCUGCAGGAGACCGCUUGAAGCAGCUGAACUUUCACAGCAUAGUCAUGAGGCCUUUUCACUCAUGAACUCCUGACAUGUUCUCGAUAAUUUAGGGAUCUGUUAUUUCCAGGAACUUGCCUUUCACACAUGCAUCUCACAGCGGGAGAUUAUCUGUGUCAGACAUGCUCUUGUCUCGCAACUCAUAAUAUCUCUUUCAGUUUGGAUGGGGUUGAAGGGCUGGGUAGUUCAGGCAGUAAAGGGGAGGGGAAGUUCUGUAAUUCAAUCACAACAAUGGAAACAGAGUAUGUUGGCAAAUGAGCAGUUAAAAGUUUCAAGCAGCAAACCUCAGCUAAACACAAACAGCAUCAUGACCUGGUGAGUGUUUCAGACAUUUACCUGCAGGGCUUACACAUCAACUCACCCCAGCUUUGUUUGGGUGCUGGCAGGAGAAAUGCUGAGGCCAAAAAAUUUAAUUGCUUAUCUCACAUGUGCCAGCCAACUGGAUGAUGCUGUGAAAUUUUCAGGAGCGCAGUGUCUGUGUCAAAGCAGCUUUAACCUUAAACCUCAGUCCCAAAUGCAAAGAUAAAAUGUAACUAAUUUCCAUACCUUGAAAAAAACAAAAAAAAUCACUCCAGAGUAGGGCUGGGCGAUAAAACAAUAACAAUAUAUAUCGAAAAUGAAUUACCCUCAAUAUAGAUACAAAAUGUGGUCAAUAUGCUUUUCAAUAACUGGCAUUCUGCCAUGUUUUGUUUGACUAUACAUAUAGCCAGUGAAAAGGGGAGCAGCUCCAGGUCCACUUCGCGCUGAACCAGUUAUGUGCUGAAUUAGGACCAAGUAGCAAACAACUGUGUAGUAGCAGGCUGCAGCUACACGCAACUAUAGCACUUUAACACGUGAAGCCGACAGCACUGUUGGUGAGAAAAUGAGUGCUAACCCCAGCAGAAAUGUAGAUGAAGGCUCAACAGAUGACGACAUUCUCGACAACACUAAGGCGAAAAUGGUGGUGUGGAGAUAUUUUGUUUUUUUUGAGGUCGGACAUGAAGCAGAGCAACGUGCACUGCAAAUUAUGUUGAGUACAUGUUCUCGCAAAGUUGGGGAAUACCUCAAAUCUUUUUCACCACCUGAAGCAGUGCCACCAAUGCUACCAAUAGGCACGGUUAAAUUUCAUUUUUAUAUCGUUAUAUAUAUCAAUAUCAACUGUAUAAAAAAAAAAAAUAGUUUUCCCAUGUCGCCCAGCCCCACUCCAGAGGAUCUUUGAACAGAAACCGACAGGAACUAUAAGAGACUUGUUUUGUAUUGACAGCACAAAAUAACAUCAGCUAUGCCAUGAUGUUCAAGAUGUUAUCUGAAACUGUAUUUUCUCUUCUAAACUAGGUGUGCUAUGCCAGAUUUUUCCAUAUGAUUUCUGAUUGUGUUGUCACGGUUUUAGGACAGUGAACUGUGAAUUCUUGCACAGGCUGUAACCCUGCAUAGUGAUUUUUAAUUUAUGAUCUCUCUAUUGAUCCUGAAGCGGGACCCCGGCUUUGUGCUCUUUGAUGUAGUGAGCUCUCUCUCUGCGUGCUACACAUACUGUAGUGAACUGAUGCUGAACAACCAAGACAGGCUCUGCUCAACCUCAUUACCUUCUUACCCGGAGGUUCCCCUCAACAUGACACACUUCUGCAGAGAAACACACAGCUGCCUCUGAGGGAGCACCGGCCGCUUGGGAUCACAGAAUUAACGGUCUUUGUUUGAUCGUGGCGUCAUUAGAUAUGUGAUGAAUGGCUGCUUGAGAGAGCUGUUUGAGUGUGAUUAUUUAUUGUCUCUCCACUGUCAAGAUGAUAAAUCGUAUUUUUAUAGUGUCUCUAAUGUGUUUCUCUCUCUCCACUUAUACGAGAAGUAGUUUUCAUUGGCUCUGUUUAACCUGCAUGUUUGGAGGUUUAGCAGCAAAGUUAAAGUUCUAGUAUCUGUUGAGAUAUAUCUCUACACAAAAGGUCAAGUAAAUAACUGCUAAAUAACUCGUGUGAAUAUGCUGUUUGUGUAGACAGGUAAUAAAAAGGUGACUUUUCAAUAAGGAUGCACCAAUCCGCGUUCUUUUCACCUCAGAUACUGAUACAGAUAUCUACAGUUUAGUAUCGGCUGAUUCAAUUCUGAUAAAGAAAAGCUGCGCUGAAUUACCUUAAGUUGUAACUUAAAAGUUAACCACCGCCCCUCGGAACGUUUACUGCGCAGGUAUUGCAAGUGGUCGUCGAGCUUGUAGGGUGAGGUAGUGUGAUAAAGUUUAAGAUAGCAGACCCCUUUGCUUGCUCCAUUUAAAAGACAAUGUGGGCAUCUGUUCGGCCUGUUUACUUGUGGAUGCCACUCAUGGCGCAUAGCAUAGUUAGACUGAAUAGAUCGGCCCCUAUGCACCGGCCCAAUCUAGAAUUUUCUUCAGUGUUGGGACCAAUACUGAUCUCAAAUAUGGUUAGGUGCAUCCCUACUUGUCAAGAAUAAUUACAUUUUUCAUGAGCUAUUUGUUUACCGCCUACAGUUCUAGAUUGGCGUGCCAUCCUGUGGAGUGUGGGCCAGUUUUUAGUUCAGACUUUCUCUUAUCAUAACUUUUGUUUUCAUAUCAAAUCUGCAUAUUUUUCCUAACUGUAUGCAGAAAUAGAAUCUUAUUUUAUCCUGGAAGCUUUCAUGUACGACCAGAUCGUCUGCAGGUUUCUUCAUGUGUAAUGUUACAGAGAUGUUUAGAAACUGUUUGAAUGCAGUACACAGGCCUAAGUGAGCUGAGCGCAAACAAGCAAUCCAGUUUCAGUCCAUACAGACAUUGUGUUGUCUUGCUGUGCUGUUUACCUCCAUAGUUUUUCAAAGUAACAUGCUGGUAAAAAUAUGAUGUAUAAUGUGUUUAGUGUAAGUUUAUAAGAGCUGCAUAUAGUAGUGUUCAGGUCACGGUGUCCCUCUGUUAUCUGAACAUGCAGGAGCUGGGUCAGAAUCCUACAAGUCACUGUACUUGUGUUUGAUUACACAUUUUGUGACACUUGUCCUUGAUGGAUUUUUGGCUGUUAUGUUUUUUUCAAAAUAUCAAGUAGUCCUUAAAGCUCACUUGGUACAAGGUUGCAUUCAGACCAGGACUCUAUUUUCUUUUCUCUUUCAUACGCAUUUUUUAAAAACUUUUUCUAUCAAAAACGACUAAAAAAGAAAAACAAAAGAGCAAAAAGGAUUAUCCCUGAAAAAAAAUAAUAUUGAAACCCUAAACACUGUUGUUUGUGCUUCUUGUCUCCAUCCAUCUCCAUUACUGUUCCAGUAAUUUGCAUGCACCGUGUCAGAGAAAUGUAAUGUUUCUACCAUAUCUUUAUCAUUAGUUUACUUGUUUACGUCAUAGCUUGUAAAACCUAGUGUCAUGGAACUGGAAUUUACCGCCGUCAUAUGCUUUAUCAGUCAUUUAAACACAGCUUUGUUGAUGUUGAUGAUGACCACUUAAUGCUCUGUUAGUUCUUGCGCUGAUGCUGGAACAAAGUCUUAAUUCAAGACAAGGUGCAGUUUAAGUCCAAAGUCCUUCAGUCCUCUAGAGGGGAAUUUCUCACAUAAAAUGUCCUUAAGAAGCUGACUCUCCCCCAUUUCCCUUGCAUUCAAUUCUCUCCUCUAUAUGCUGAAAAACAAAUAAGAUCUGAUACAAUCUUCAAACAAAGAGAGGAGCAGAAAUUACAGAUUAACUUGGAGGUGAAGGGGAGGCUCUGAGAAAGAGGGUCAGGGUUACUGAAGGCUGAUGUCUCUGUCUUCGGUAAUUUGGUCACCCAGUCCUUCUGAUCUUUAUCCACCAUGACUUUGUUGACAUUUUCUGGGAUUGAGCGGGGAGAUUUGAUGGCAACUUUGUGCUCUAAUUAGGCCAGUCUCACCGAUUUGUUCUUUGAGUCUCUGCCUCUCUCUCAGCGCUCCAUUAUCCCGGCUGCUGAGAUUCCUGGUAGAUUUGAAAGAGAAAUCCAUUUAUAUCAAAGCUUGAAUAGCAUGAUUUUUCCCAGUAAACUCACUGACAUCAAGGCUGCCUAUGUUCUUUUAACACAGUAGGGUAAGUGUUUGUUCAUAAUUCUUAUGCUACUUGAAAAUGGGCAUUAUUAAUAUUUCACACAUAAGAAGCCGCACACCUCCUCUCCUCGACCUCCUGACUGAUAAUCUGUUUCCCUCGAUCGACAGUUAAACAUAACCUCUGUGCGUCUCUGAGAGACUCUUCUCUGUAAACCCCAAGGAGUCCGCUUGUUAAGAUGCCUCCGUUUAUUAUCUGAGGAAGGGUUGUAGGGUUUCCUGGCUGUGUAUCUGCCUUGUUCUAUAUUAGGAGUGUAAACACAAUCAAUCGAGGCCUGAUUUACGAAAGCAUUACUCAACUUUUGCACCCAUGAGAACACAGCAAAUGAGAUAGAUGGAAAAUGUCAUUUCCACAAUGCACACGAAAAGGGUUACAAGCCUUUUCGGUCUGUGCUUAUUUAAAUGGGGCAUUGUGCAUUAAACUGGGACAGAAAUGGCUCAUUUUUAUGCAAAUGAACCUCAAUGCAAAGAGUUUAUGAUCUGUAAACAGUGCUGCUGUGGACUGAGCGCAGUUAAGGUUAGAUUUUUAUUUUCUGCUGAGUGUUGAUGGUAUUUACAUUAAAUGCUCAAACUUUCCAGUGAUGAUGACAGUAAUGCCACUUCUGUAUGACCCAAAAAUCUAAACAGAGAAUCUGUUGAUGUUACUUUGGCAUCACUGCUGUUAUUUUUGUGUUUGGGAUAACGAAUGGCAAACAGUUUUUUAUGUAAAUUAGGAACCAAGUGAGUCAAGACUGGACAAUGAUGUGAACCUGUUCCAGCUGAAAUUGGGUGAGAAGCAAGGUGCACCCUUGACACAUCAUCAUCAGUCUAUCACAAAUCAGACAUAGAGAGACAAACAACUAUUCAGAGAGACCAGUCAACAUGCCAUGCAUGUUUUAGGGCUGUGGGAGAAAGCCAGAGUACCUAGAGAGAACCCUCGCAUUCAGGUUUGAUUGUUUAUUUUAUUUCAUUGAAGUUUCUCAAUAGUUGGAGUACUGAUGUACACCAGAGCUGCCAAGCGUCAGGCUUUGAGUGUGACAGUCACGCAAUUUGACCCACUCUCACACCACACACCAAAAGCCACACUUGACAUUUCUCACCCUUAUUUUUCCCCAUUCAACACUCUGUAUUUAUUUUUUUCAUGAUAAUAAACUUGGCUUGUCAUAGUUUGAGUAACUCUGAUUGACUGACCGAGAUAACCAAUCCUAGACUAAUCCAUCAGUCCUUUGUACCUAAUGCUGCGUUCAAGUUACCUCGGAAGUCAGAUGUCGGAGCUGAAAAUAACGUCACACCAAAGUUCCCAGCGUUUCAGUUACCAAGUCGGAAAAUAGCUAAAUCAGAGGCCUGAAACAAGAUGGUCAGUCUACGAUAGUUAUUUUAGCGCUUGGACAAGGCAAGCGCUACAAUAACUUUUGGAGAUGUAGCCAUCUUGUUUCCGCCUCUGAUUAUGCUUUUUUACGACUUGGUAACUGAAACGCUGAGGUUUUUUGGGGGGUCUUGGCGUCUCUAACUAUCUUUCACACAAAACAGUGCCAACACUUAAAACCCACUCGACGUAAUGCAAUAUUGUCAAAUAAAUGUAUUUUGUCAAAAUUCUUGUUACAAUUUGUAUUCAUAAUUUCUGGUUAAUUAAGACUAGCAUUAGGGAGAGCAGCUGGCAUGGAGGUGAGGACAUCAGUCUUAAGGUAUAAAUCGACGUUAAAAAAGACAAAACAUUUUUCCUAUGGUCGGCGGCCGAGCACAUCGAGUCUCACACUUGUCAUUUUCUGAAACUUGGCAGCCCUAUGUACGCAUUUCUUCUGAUUUUUUUUGAAGAUUUUUCUAUAAAUGCCGUCAUGCACAAACAAGGAGAAAAAGAGCAUCCAUAAGCUGUUUUGGUAUUAAAUACUAGUUUUUAUUCAAGUUCUGAUUCUGAAUUAUUUUUAUGUAAAUCUUUGUUGUUUCCAUCAACUUCUGUGAGUCUGAGAUGACAAACCCUCCGCUGCUCAAAUGCACACUCCCCACUCUGCUUGUGUUGACGUAUGGAUCAACACCACCCACACACCCACACAGACAGUUGCACUGCUGUACACAGCCUUGGCAGUCCCGCGGCCUCAGUGUGUGUUUAAUCUUUUCCCUGGCGCCACUUCCUAGCUGAGAGCAUUCCUGGCACCCAGAGGCCCAGAGGGGGUCGGACUGUGGGCUGAAGGCAGUGUCACACUUCAGGGCUGGCACCUCGUCCUGUUACCAACUUAGCAUCAGUCUUUUUUCCCCCUCCUUUUUGGCCCUGAAUGCUCCGCUUACCCUCCGUUCCUGAGCGCAGGAUCCCUCCAUGGAGAAUGACCUCUUUGAGGGAUGGUCUGGUUCCUUUCAGAGUAGAUUCUCCUCGCGCUCAGGUUCCCAGCGCUGCGUCCAUGUCUGGAUCUCUGCCCGAGUUCUCGACCAAGAAUUUGAAUUGGCAGAGGACAUAAUUAAGGAGAUGUCUGUUCUUAUACAUAGUCUAACAUUUAAGAGCCUCUGUUCUUCCCUGAGCUCAGUGUUUUUCUGGCUCCUGUUGCUGCAGAGGAUCGGUUUUAAUAUGAGCUCAGUGGAUGAAGAAGAAGCCGUUUCUCUGUGUUUGGCUGAGGUGGAUUAAUGUUUGUUAUUUUCUCUCAGGUUAGACAGGAUUUCAGUGUCAACACAGUAGCCUGUAUUUACUCUAACUGUGACAGUGACAGUUAGCAGAAAAGUUGGCUGAAUGACUUCUCCGCAUACCGUCAAAUUCUCACUGGUGGAUCGACACAACCCGCUGAAGUCACCUUGAUUUUGAUCAAACUUUGUGUGCGUUUUAGUGGGUGUGGGCUUGCUUUUGGCUUUGCUUUCUUACUUGUGUGUUUGAUGAGGUCUCUGCAAAGAUUCUGAAAGAGGUCUCUUAAAACUUGUCAAAGCAGAGGUCACUGUUUGUGUACAGAUUUGUGAAACUCUUUUCUCAAGGUUUAUGCUCUCACAUUUAAAAUUGCACUAAAAGGAUCAGUAAAAAUAGCAAUAAUAAGCACCUGCUCACCUGCUCCUUAAAUCUGACGGUUGGUUGUGCUUGCAUGGAGAUCACAAAACUUAACAUUUUUUUUCUUUCUUUUGGCAUUCUCAAAAUGCAGAAAAAAGCAUCAUCUAUAUAAGCCCCCCGGUAACACUCAAGGUCUGUUGAUGUUUUCUUUUGACUAGUCCUGUCGAAGUGCCAAAGCCCAUACUGAGUUUCAGUUUGUGGUUCCUUUGUGUCUGUUUUAUUCAACUCAGCUGAUGUCUCUGUAAUUCACCUCCCUCUGAGUCAUGCCAUGCUCGUUGUCCUCCUCUCCUCCUUCUUUCUUUGGGGAUGACUUGUCAGCCAUUAACCACAAAUCAAACAUUUUGUGUUCCCAUAUUAAUUGAAGCUAAUACACUCAAACUACCAAAAUUUACAACGUCAUAAAUUUUUAAAAAUAACACCUAUACACCAGUCUCACCCUGACUUUUCCUAAAUGUGUUUAUAUUUUAUUCUAACAUUGUUUUAUCAUUAAAAUUUCAAAACACAAAAGAGUUCUUAGUAUUACUACCUCGAACUACCACAGCAGUCAAAUUGACUGCAUGCUUUUUACAAAGGGUGUUAUAUUUCACAAUAUGGUACAUUUUCCUGCUCUUUCUCCUGCGCUAUUGUUUGUUUUGUACUUUAAGUUCUGUGAAGCUAAAAUCUUGCUAUAACUUUACUCAAAACCCAAGAAACUCAAAAAUUACAACUAGAAGAAAAAUGACAAGUAUGGAGGCUGUAUCCUUGCUUCAGAGCCUUGACGGGGAAGAAUCCGAUGGACGAGCAAGUUCAGGGAAUGAUGUGUCUUGGAAUUUGGGGAAGGUUCUUAAAAAUCUAAUUUAUUAUGAUUUUCAUUUUGUGUACUGAUGUGUUUUUUUAUCUAUUACACCUAUUUAUUAUUAGUUUUUAUUGUUUAUUAUCCAAAUUAUAUGCAAAUAAAGACUGCGCUGUCAAAAUGACUGCUUAUGGUCACUGUAGUUGUGGCAGAAUUUUGAUAGAAAUAAAAAACUUAAUAACAUGUUUGGAGAGAAACUUGGGAGAUAUAGUUUUUUUGAAUGAGACAUUAGGUUGCCCAGCAACAUGAGAUGGAUGUCGCCUCACCAACAUGAGCUCUAGUGAGUUUAAGAUAAAUCAUUAAAACUACAGCUGCCAAGGAGUGGAAGUAUUAAUCCACUCACAUGUUUAAAAAUCUGAAUAAUAUCCCAUUAAAGUACAUUUAGAAGAUAUUACAGAUGUUUGAUUAAUAUGCAAAGAGUCCAGAGUUAACUAUUGACAAUCAUGCUGUUAAUUGCUAUUAAAAGUAAUUGUACGCCAGUAACUGGUGCCACUCUUUUUCACUACUAUGUAAGUGAAAUGUUACUUUAACCACAAAGUGAAUUUUCGAGGUCUUUUAAGGCUUUUAAGGAUAUAACUCUUUAUAAUUUAGUUUAAUUUAGGUAAAGCAGAGGUCACUCCGAAGGUUUUGAGCGCAGAUUAAAAAAUGCUUCCCUGAAGGAUCAAUACUCAAAAGAGUGAUCAGCAGGUUAACUGGCAAUUAAAAUCAAUCAUGAGCUGUAUGCCUCAUAGAGCACAGAGCCAAGACUGUGAACUGAUCUGUCUUUGUCUUUGUCGAGGCCUCCUGUUAUGUUUUCAUGCGUACACAGGUGUCUGUGUGUGUCUGUGUGUUUACAGUAAAGUGUGAAUUAGAGGAGCGACCCUGCUUGUUUCUCUUCUUUGAUUUCCCUCACUUCCUCUGCUUAGGCCCUGUAUUAUUACAGUGCUGGAAGUGCUUGACUAAAAGCAGAGGGAUUAAAGCCGUGUCAAACAUGCCUCUGUGUCUUACUUCCUCUAUGACCCCUUCUCCCCAACCCCCCCACCCCCCUCCUGGCACUUUGUGUUUAAACUCGCCCUGCGCCAAAACAGAGAUCUGGUAACUUUGGGCAGAGCUGUUUGUUUGAGUGAGUUCAGCUCACAGGUUCUGCUCUCUGGCUGGAGUCCAGACUCUCUGAAACAAAGCAUCCCAUUGAUUAUUUUGGAGCAGUAGCCUAGGCCUUGUUUUGUGACACAUUUCAUUUGAUUAAGCCUGUUUUGUGUUUGGCCUUGAGGUUUCAGAAACCUGCAGGCUAGUGGUGAGACAGACAAAACAAAAGUGGGCUCUCUCUGUGACCUAUAAGUGAAACUAUGUGACUCUUGAGAGGCUUAAUGACACAAUCUCCCACUUAGAUAUACUUAGUUUGAAGGUUUCACUUAAAGGAUUUACUGCGUACAGUCCUUUAAGACUGGAUUGACUUAGAAAGAUGAGGAAUAAAAACUCAAACUCGUUUCAUCAGACAAAAUAUUUCACAUUUGAAACCAAACAACCAAAAAUGACUUUGAAUCAUUUUUAUUUAUUUUGUAUUUAGACUUAAUUUUUUGACUUUUUGACUAUAUUUUAGGGAGAAUAGGACAGAUAAUAGAGCAAAUAACAGAGGUAGAGUUAGAGUGGGAUGUGAUAAAGGAGCUGCAGGUGAGAAUCAAACCCAGGCUGUAUCUAUAUUAGUGACAUGACCUCAGUAUAUGGGGUAUGUAGGUUGGCCGCUAGGACAACAACACCCUGAUCUUUUUUUUUAUUUUUAUUUUUAUUAUUAUAAAGAUUUACCAAAAGGUGCAUGGCUAUAUUAAAGGUGGGGUAGGCAGGAUCUGAGGAAAUGCCAGUUUUGGGGAGUAAUCUUGAAUGUAAAUACUACACCUCCAAACUAGUUUUCCCCUCAGCUCCUCCUCUCCCCUCCCUCUCUGCUCCAGCAAGCCCCGCCCACAAGCAAUAUGAGCUUCUGCUCGCUCGUAUCGUUUCAACUAAAUUCAGGUAUAAUGCAGAUAAAUACUUCAGAUGAUUACAAAUGGGGCCCAGUCAAGGUGAAAGUAAAAAGCAUUGGUGCUACUGUAGAUGCCAACAGACUACCAGCAAACACAAUGUUUGCAGGACUUCUACAUCCAGGAUAAAGUAACAUAGUCCAGGACUAGAGGUAAACAGUUUAGCGGUGCUACAACUCCUGUUAUUCUGCCAGAGUCUCCGGUAUUUACUUUGUUUUCUUGCUUGUGUUGGCAGUUGUGGCAAAAGGAGGAUUCAGACAAUUUUCCGUACUGUCUGGUUGGUUUCUACUGUCAGAUGUUGGAGCAUGCUAAUUUUGUUUGGGCUUGUGAACGUCACGAGGGAGCAGCAUCUGCCUCACAACCAAUCAGGUUGGGGGAAGCAGAGGAUGGUUUUGUUUACAGUCAGAAAGAGCGGGCUGCUAAAAAAAAAAUUUAAUGUAGACUGCACAGACAUAAGGAAACACAGUGAUAUCGUUAUAGUACCAAAUGUCAUCAAUAACUAAUAGCUAUUGACUGAUAUUAAAAGCUUUUUUGUAUAUACACCACAAAAAAAGAUGCCUCUUUAACAGAAUCCUGCCUACCCCACCUUUAAAGUUAGAUGAAAAGACAGUGAGACUUAGAUUCUAUAGUUGUGAUUGAAAAAACUGACGACAUUUCUAUCUUUGUUGUCUAUAAUGGCAAACCUAAAGUAAAGCUUUUUUAAAGGUACAUGUAAAACCUGAAUAGAAUAGGAUGUCUUCAAUAAUGGGAAGCAUGUUUACUAUGUGUUUAUAAAAUGACUCUAACCUCUUGUCUUUGAUAGGAAAAUAAAGAUUUUAGGUCAAUUUAUAUGUUUUUAUUUUUUUACCUUUUUUCCUGUCUGCUGUAUGUAGAUCUACCUGAGGCUAUAACAGACUCAGUUUAUAGGUUUGGAGCUUGUUAGCAGCAUAAGAAAAUCUCUUUAUGUUUGGAUAUUUCAGUAUCAAGUCAGCUUUCAUUAUAAUUUUACUCCUCAGUGAGCAGGACUCUGACUGUUCCUGUUUGUGACGUCCAGCUGAUACGUUAUUUUUCUUUUUUCCUCUGAAUGUGGUGACAUAAAAAAAAAAUAACAGGCAGGAAAUAAUGGUUAAUAACAUCAUGAGCCAAAGCCACAUAGUCUUUAAGUGUUUCUGUUUCUUCAUGUUGCCAUGCAGAGAGUUGUGUCAAUGCGAUCUCCUAGCAGACCCAUACAGACCCAGCACAAAUGACAAAGGCCUAACAUGGGAACUAAUGUAUUGAGCUAAUGUAUUGUACAGUCCUCAGAUACAGCACAAUGGCAGACAAAACACUACAUGUGUACAGUGAGGUCUAAAGAACUGCAAGUGUAGAAAACAAACCAGGAUAAAAGACAAGUGAUUUUCUCAGCUGAGAAACACUGUAACCAAAGAAUUUGGCAUGUAAAAUAAAGAAGCGUCUCUGCUUCCGGACAAAGAAAAGAAAGAGAGAGUCAUGAAUACGAGCGUGAAACGGCUGAUUAAAAACUUGGAGUGUAGUGAAAGAAGAGAUACACUUGUUCAGUCUGAGUCUUGGCAUUCCUCUGUUAUCUCUUCUGGCACAUGAGGAAGACUCCCCCACCCCCCUAUCCACCCCUUUAGUGUGAGCCAGUAGAAUAUGAUUAUGUGUGAAAUUCAUCAAAGUAAUAAUUAAAGUAUAAUUUUAGGCUUUUGUAUGUGAGUUUUCUUUUCCUUUGCAGUGUCGUUAGUUUGUUUACAGAGGACUUUAUCUGCAGCUGUUGCUGCAACCACCAUGCCUCUACCUGCAUACAUCUGCAUGUUGUGUUAAAGCAGCUGUCCCUUAUGCUGGUGCUGGAGUCACUGUCAACUUUAUUUUUAUAACUCUAGUUUUGAAGUGAAAAACACUUUUUUUUUUUUUCCACACACCAAGUGUUAAAUCCACGGAUAAAUUUAUUUAUUUGUAAAGGCUGAUAUGUCUUCAGUAUCUUUCCCAAAGUAGAUAUUAAACUUUUUGUCAGUAUCUGAAUAAAUAAUAAACAAAAAUACUUUUUUCUUUUAAGUUUUCAGGUUUUGCCGGUUUGCCGGACCUGUCAGUAUCCAAAGUAGUUCCUUUGCAGUUGACAGUUAAGUCCUAUAAAGAGUCAAAAGGCCUCAUUGUAAUAAUAAAUCUGUUCUGUAACUCAUCAACUAUCAUCCUAAAACUAUACUACCCCUCAGUAGGAGCUGAGGUUAGUUUAAAAACACUUUGGCCAUGCCUUCCUUUUCUGUGUGCCACCAUUAUUUACAGCCUGAAGGGCAACUUGAAGAGAGAGAAGGAAAGUGGUGUUGAGGAGCUAUGUGCAGAACUGUGUUUAUAGUGAUUAAUUCAAAUUGAAUCUCAGUUAGAUAACUGUCAGAUUAUGCUGUAUUGUACUCUGUGUCCUUUGCUGUUCACAAGGGCUGCCUUCCUGUUUACAGCCAAAGUCUUCUGAAAGUACUGAAAUAACAAACAAAAAAAUACCAAAAACCACAUGUCUGUUAACCUGAGCAUACAUCUGAGUGGACUAGCUGUAAACAGAUAUUAAAGAAACAUAUAAUAAGACAAAUGUCUGCAUUGCUUGUCGGGGUGUGAGAAAAAAUCGAUACAGCAUCAUAUCGUGAUAUCAUGUCUGGUGAUAUGUUGUAUCGUUUCAUUUACCAAGUAUCGAUUUUUCAAAUUAAUUGUUAAUAUGAAGUCAAAUCAUUGAAAAUGGAAAAAUAAAAUCAACAGUUUUUCCAGUGGGGUUGGCAGAGGUGACAUCAUGGAGCAGGAGAAAGUUAGUGCAACAAAUAUAAAUAAUGUUUUCAAGAUGUACUACAUGAAAAUAAAAUACAGUGUAAAGGAAAAAUAAAGGAAAGACAAAUUCUAAAUUAGCUUAACAGUAGAAAAAAAUCAUACAAAAUCUCAAUAUAUGGUAUGGCGAUACUCACUGUAUUGCAAAAUGUUAAAAAUUGCAAUGAUAUCGUAUCAUGGCCCAAGUAUCGUGAUAAUAUCAUGAUAAUAUCGUAUUGUGGGGUCACUAGUGAUUCCAACCCCUAAUUGCUUGAGUGUUCCUAUGCAACCAUUAACCCAUAUGCUAAUAUCCAUGUUUUACAAAACAGCCCAAACCAAAUGCUCCUGAAAGUUGUCCUUAACAAAUCCAUUAGUUAUGUCUUAGUGAGACUGAUUUGAAAUAAAGAGUUUAAAAAAAUGCACAAAAAAAAAAAUGCUUGUACUGUCCUGGAGAGGCAACAUAUUAUUGAAUAGCUGGUCUUGAUAGGAGCUUUAAUCUGUAUCACACAGCCUUUGUUAGACUUGGUUGACUUUCAUUGAUGACCUUUUGGUGUCUGCUCAUGUGAACAAAUCUGUGUCCAUGACGGUUAAUGAAGACUAUGGACUUGACAAGCUCAUACCAGGAGAAAAUUUGUAUUUCACCUUCAAAUGGACUUUGAGGUUUUUCAGGAAAAAGUUUCCCUUGUAGCUUAUGGAAUUGAAAAAAAAUGAACAUCAAACACACAAUACAGAAUUUAAUAUGUAAAACAUGAUUAAACUACUUCAAAACAAACACUAUGGGCUUAUAUGAAACAUAGGACACCCAACUAUUUUUAUCCAACUUCAUCAUCAACAUCAGGGGUCUCUGUUAAUAUCAUCCUUGUUCUCUUGGUUACACACUGUCAAAACUUUCAUUAAUCACUCCUUUUCCUGUAUUUGGUCUUUUCAGAUGGCAAACACUCAGUGUCGGCUCAGUGUCUUCUUCAAGUCACCAUCAUCACUGAUGAGAUGCUGUCCAACAGUAUCACACUGAGACUGGCCAACACCUCCCAGGAGCACUUCCUCUCCCUGCUGCUCGCUCAGUUCCUGGAUGGAGUGGCCCGUGUUCUCUCAGCCGCCCCCGAAGAUGUCGUCAUCUUCAACAUCCAAGAUGACACAGACGUCAGCGCUCGCAUCCUCAAUGUUAGCCUAUCGGUAGCUGUGCCCGUGUUAGGAGAGGCACAUCAUCGGGCUGGGGGUCUCGACCACGGCAUGGACCGGCCUGGGAGAGGACUUGAGAGUGGGGGAGGAGAAUACUUUGGCUCAGAGGAACUCCAGGAGCGGCUGUACCUGAACCGCAGUCUUCUAGCAAAGAUUUCCUCGCAGGAAGUUCUUCCCUUUGAUGAUAACAUCUGCCUCCGUGAGCCUUGUGAAAACUACAUGAAGUGCGUGUCUGUGCUCAAGUUUGACAGCCUUGCACCAUUUGUGGCGUCAGAUACCAUCCUGUUCAGACCCAUCCACCCCAUUGCCGGGCUGCGCUGUCGCUGUCCGACCGGCUUUACAGGAGACUACUGUGAGACUGAGAUCGACCUCUGCUACUCCAAACCCUGUGGAGCCCACGGAGUGUGUCGCAGCAGAGAGGGGGGCUACACCUGCGAGUGCUUAGAGGACUACACAGGUGAGAGGCAUUGCUUUCUUUGACUUAAUAUCUGUUGAACUAUUGUUUCUUUUCAUUUGGGGUAUCACAUUGAUGCUUCAUCAUGCAGAAGCACUUCCUUUGAUUAUUGCUGUUGCACUGUGAGGCGUUACUUUAUUACAUAAAGCAUGAUGCAGGUUAUUAUUAUUAUUAUAGCAAUGAUGGAAAUAGUUAUAUCUCUGGUAUCACAAAAAGUAGGCUAGUCUUUUUUUUGUUAAUGUUUUCAAAAUGUAGCUUGCUACUAGGGCUGGGCUUUAAAACGAUAACGAUAUCUAUCGAAAAUUAAUUUCCCUCAAUAUCAUUAUAUAUUAAUAUCAUCAAUAUGCUUUUCAAUAGAAAGUAUUCUGCAAUGUUUUGGUAGACUAUAUGAAUAGCCAAUGAAAAGAGGAGUUGCUCCAGGUCCGCUUUGCGCUGAACCAAUCAUGUGCUAAAUUAGAACCAAGUAGCAAACAACUGCGUAGUAGCAGGCUGCAGCUACACGCAACUAUAGCACUUUAACAAGUGAAGCCGACAGCACUGUUGGUGAGAAAAAAAGAAAAUGAGUGCUACCCCCGGCAGAAAUGCAGAUGAAAGCUCAACAGAUAAUGACAUUCUCGACAACACUGGCACGAAAACGUCGGUAUUUUGGUUUUUGAGGUCGGACAUGAAGCAGAGUAGUGUGCAGUGCAAAUUAUGUCGAGUACAUGUUCUCGCAAAGUCGGGGUAUACCUCAGAUCUUUUUCACCACCUGAAGCAGUGCCAUGCGGCAGAGCACAUGCAGAGCAAAAGGUUACAAACCCCGAGCAGAGCAAGGAGGCCAUGGCGCCUGUGCAGCCGAAACAGCCGACCAUUCAGUCCACUUUCUCUAGCACAACGCUUUAUGACAAAACGCCAAAGAGACACAAAGAUCUCACAGAUGCAGUAGCUCAUUGUAUUGCUAAAGACAUGCUACCAAUAAGCACUGUUAAAUUUCCUUUUUUUAAUUCGUGAUAUAUAUAUCGAUAUCGACUGAUAUGAACAAAAUAUAUUGUGAUAAACUUUUCCCCUAUAUCGCCCAGCCCUACUUGCUAUUAACACCAAACUAUUUAAACUUCUAAUUUGACUGAAAUUUACUUCUAGCCAUGUUUUUAAACAACACAAAAAAAGCAAAAGGAUCUUAAAUAGAUACAGUGAAAACAGAACACUAACUUUGCAGAUGCACUUUCAUUCUGCUUAUCUGUUUUUCUGAUUUAACAACUGAAACUGGAUAAAGACAGAAACAAACAGCAGUAUUCAGUACAGAAGAAGACACCAGCCUAUAAAAAAUGCAGCCUGUAGCUUUACAUGGAUUGUCGGUAUAAUUUGAUUCCCAAAGAUCCAGAGGUCUUACUCGUGACAGCAAGUCAUUUUCUUGGAUUGUGGGCAUUAGCUUGCAGUUUAUCUAUCCAGUUUGCAUGGAAGUUUCUCCACUUUUUCCUUCAGAGUUUUUUCCUCUGUAAACUCCAUAACAUAUUGAUAUCCGUGUGUGUCUGCACUAAAUGCCAUCAUUGUUUAGUUCAGUUGAAUUUCUGUUUCUUGAAGCCUGGACAGCUAAUCAGUGCACAGCAUGUGGAAAUGUACCCUCGAGUUACAUCCAUUAACAGUACAAAAGUAAGGGCUGUCUGAUAGCAAAGUAAACUGCAGAAAAAUGUCUUAGUAAACCACACACUUAAAGCUGAAUGAGUGCUUGAGUCAGAGCCUCUGAAAAUGAGCUAAAUUAUGUGGCAAGCUCAAUCCUGUCUGCCGAAAACUGUCACAUACCUGGAGUCUUGUGUCUAUAAGCUGUUUCACUCUGGCGGGGCUGAUCAGCAGCCACUGUUGCCAGUUCAUUUACAGGUGACAUGUAACUCUUAUGAACAGCCCCACCUCAAAUAUUCGGAAAAAUGUAGAAAAACAUAAAAGAGGUAGAUUUGGCUGAUGCAGGAGUAUAAAUCUAACCAAGAGUCAUUUGUGGUAAGCUUGUUAGCUGAACAUGCUAAUAUUAGGGCAGGCAAACAAAUCCCUAGAUGAGGGUGAACAUAUUUUCAAACCUGUGAAGAAUGACAAUAUAAUUUCAUAACAAACCCACAUGUAUAAGCUCAUGGUGCAUCUUGUUUUUCCAUCAGAGCUCCUCUCAACACCCUAAAAAAUGGCCCAAGCAGAUGAAAAAUUGGUUGCAACAGUGCCACUUCUAGCCUGAACCCAUCAUUUCUGUUUGCUUUUGGUUCUGUAUGUCAACCACUCUAUCGUUUGGGUCUGAAAUUGGACACUCUAAUGUGUCUGCAAAACAGUGUGACAGGUAGCCUUCUUGACACCCUGACACGAUGCAGCAGGUCUAGUCAGUAUGAUAAGCUGAGAUGGAUUGAUACAUGUACAAAUAAUUCAGCUUUGACUUGCAUUAAGGAUGUUUUUCUAUUGUUUAGAACAGCAACAGCCAAGGCAAUGGAAGUGAUUGAAAUAUAUUCCGCGAAUCAGUUUUGUAAGUGCGGCGCAUUGUUUUGGUAUUUUAAAUCAGUAUUUAUAUGAGUGUGUCAUAGAUAUUUGUUGGGACACAGAGCUUAAAAACAGGACAGUCCAGUUCAAACAGGCAGAAAACCUUUUUCUUAUAUUUUUUUGGUGUUUUUGGUCAUAAAAUGUUGUCCAUAUUCAUUAGAUUUUGAAAAACCUCUUAUUCCUCUCUGGCUAGCCAGCAUCUUGUUUGCUAUGACUAAAAAAUCACUGUUUAAGGCAGGGGCCUCACAAAGCUGUCCCACAGGAGUCCACACUGAAUAAUUUCCUGUCUCCAAAUGUAGUGCCACUAAAGGGUCAAAGGGCACAAUUGCCGCCAGGCUGUCCACCUGUAGUCCUCUAAAUGUUGAUUUCUUCUCCUUCACAAUGUCCCAUGGGGGCUUUAAUUUCCACAUCUGUCCCAUUCACUCCACUCUUCUGGUCUUAAUUGGACCUGGCUCUUUAUGGACAAAGACAGCGCUGUACGCUGAUGACGGCAGCUCUGCAGACAAAGACUGAGUGAUGAGUUAUUGAUCUGCUUUUCCCCGUCGCAGUCAGCAAAAGCAGAGAAGGGUUAAAUAAAGAGGCCCGUAAGGAGCAGGAAAGUGUCUGUAGUUUCAGAUUUUUUUUUUCCUUUUUUUGGGGGGGGGGAAUUUUUGUUUAGAGUUUUUCCUUAAACAGUGAACAGUAUUUGAGACAAGAUCAGUGGUGUAGAAAAAAAUAAAAAUAAUAAUGAUUAUAAUCCCAUAACUAGGUAUUGCUGCAUAUGAUGCAGAUGUACAUCAAAUAUCCAUUACACAUUGAAGUAAUAAGGAAAAACAAAUAGGAUAAACCAAAAGACAUACAAAGAUAAAUAAGUAAAAAAAAAAAAAAAUUAAACAAGAAAUAGAUAACUAAAUAAUACAGAAUGAAUACAUGAUAGGAUAAUUUUAUGGGGGGAAAAAGGAGGAAAAGGGCAAAUUCACAUCAUUUCAGGUUCCAUUUCUGUCACUCAAAGAGCAGCCCUAGCACCACAAAUAGUUCACAUUAUUAGGUAUUUUCUGAUCAUGCUCCUUCUCUGAUCAAAAAGGUCAAUUUUUAACUGUAAUGAUGCGGUCUACACCUGUCUCAACUUCUGCUUCCAUUCAGCCACAGCCGGUGAUUUAACAUUCUUUAGAUUUUUUUUUUUAAAUGGUACAAGCUCAUUGUAUUAUUUGGCGCUGACUACCAUGUCGGUUUGGUCUGUUUAUUUAUUGGAAAAAGUUUAAGUGGCUUCUUUUAAAAUCUGUCAUCAAUCCUAGAAUCCUGCUUGGAAAUGUAAAGUUUCUAUUUUGAUGCCAAAAAAGAGCUUAUGUGCUUAAAAUCUGACUGCGUUUUGAGUAGGACACUUCUCUCUUUCUCAUAAACCCCACUGAUGCUCUAUAACUUGCAUACCUUCAUAGUUAUGCACACCUACACUAAUAAUUUCAUCCUGAUCUGCAGCAGAAACAGCCAACAAACAGGCGAAACAAUGAUGUAACAAACCUUGCUGAUGUCUAUUUAAAAGCUAGAGGUUUUCAGAGGAGUCUUUACUUUGUGUUGAAUGAUCAGCAGUGAAGAAAAAAAGGUCUAUUUUCUCAAACGAGACUGAUACUGCUGAGUUGAAUAAGGGAAGGAAAUCUUUAAUUAUAGAUGGAUACAGAUGGAGAGUGUCCCUUGGCUGAAACAUGCCCUGCAGUAAAAUAUACCUAAAAUAACAAAAAUAUUAUCACAAAGCACACAGUGUGUCACAAAGACAACAGAAGCUUAAGUUUUCAGGGUUAAUGAGGAAAUAAUUUAUGACCAUUGGCAGCAGAAUUGCAGGAAUUGUUAUUCUGUUCCUGCUCCGUAAAAUAUUCUCAUCCUCGAAGGGUUAAAGAGCGUCUGCUUGCUGUUUUUGGUUACAGGGAAAAGGAAGAAGUUGAAAAAGAGUUUAAAGAUGAAGGCUAUAAAAUAUGCAAAUUUAUACAGUAUGAAUAUUUGGGGAGUUGCCCCAUCUUCUUUUUGAAGGGUUAAGUGGGUCAAACACUGACUUUUUAAUGUGAUUUAAAGAUUCAUUUCAUCUUUGAAGUGUCACACUAGUUGAUUUAAUAUGUGCAUUAAUGCUGAGUAAAUAAAUACUUUUACUCCAAUGCUAAAGUACUGAGGUACAGUUUUAGGUAUACACUUACGGAGGAAAAAAGUAGUAAAAUAGUCGUGAAAAAGAAACAAAAGUGCAGUUUGAAAAUACAUAUAACAUUUUUAAACUGCACUUUGCAUAGGUUAAAUUUUUUUUAAUACUAUUUUACUACUUUUUUCCUCUUCUUUUUAAACACAUUGUAAUAAAGGUGUGGUGUAGCUGCUUAAAAAAGAGAGAUACUGCCAUAGAAAUUUCCGUGUAUUCAUUUACAAUGACAACAAAGCUUCUUCUUCGUCAUCUGUAGUGCAGCCAGUUUGAUACUUGUAAGAAGAAUAACUAAACUUUUUACAUCUAAUUUUAUUUGACACGUUUAACAUGGAUUGGACUUCUCUAGAGUAUGUAUGGCUCUAUAAUUUAUCAGUGAAUUUACUGCUUGCAAUAUAACUGAUGAUUGUACAGUAUAUUAUAAGUAUAGGACUGUAUCAUGUGUAAAAUUUUAAGGUAAGAUAUCUGCUUGAUUACACACAGGUAGGUUUAAAACUUGGGCUGAAGGUCAACUCACUUAUUUUCUCCCAGAGAAGAUUUGGGCUGCAGUCAGAAAGAAGUACUCCUGCUUUACUAGACGCCAUAUUUAAAAUAAGCCUCACAGUUCUCCCAAGGGGGAAAUGUAACAGCUGCUCAUUGUCAAUUCAGAUAUAUAUUCAUUAAUCAAAUUCAAACAACAAGUAUAUCAUAAUUAGUUUUAAUUAGUUUGCAAUUAAAAGAAAUACCUUAGGGAUUAUAACAGUGUUAUAUAAUGCCUUAUACAGUGUUAUAUCAUUCAUUUUCAAAGAUUACUGUUUGUGAGAGAAGCUAUAGUUGAUGAUAUUUAUUUACUUCAAAUAAACACAAAACAAAAUGUCUUAAAACCAAUGAGAACCUACAGUAAAGUGAGCAUUUAUGAACACUUUUGCAGGUUUGUUUGUUUGCUGUUGUUGUUUAGGAUAAUGCUCCCAUCAUUUUGCUGCAGUACCAUCACACUGCUCAGCAGCUUUGCACUCUUUCUGAUGGUCCGUUCAGGAUCUGAUGAAGCACCACUUCACUUUCUCUUUCCGUGGAAUCUCGUUUUUCCAUUUGCUAUGAAACAAUGACUUUAACAAACAUGAUCACAGAGAAGUGUACUGUUAAAAAAAUAAAAAAAUUCCAUUUUCCUUUGUGCUCUCAGUAAUGGAAUCGUUUCCCGUGUCCCCUGUCAAACAUUAAAAGGUUUUUUUCCUUCCAUCUAUUUGCGUGGCUGUUUAUGAAACCUGAAAUAGUGCUGGUAUUUAAAUGUGUGGGCUCAGUCACUCAGAGUCCAGGUUGAGUGGCACUUACAUAUUCCUAUGCACGGCUGUGGGUGUCAGAGCCGUAGCCGCAGGUGCUUUUAAAGCGAAGCAACAGGGAUGGAGAGUGAAUGAAUGAGUGAGUGGGUGAAGUGGGCGUAUUUUCAUUUGGAGGCAGCAGAGAGAACAGUCAUCGACAUUUGCCUCGAUCAGUAUAGGAUGCAAGGCCAGGUGGCCAGGCUGUUAGAUCCAGGAGUUUUCUGAGAGCGAACAAGGAUCUUUUGAUUUAAGAUGUUCGAAUAUGACUCUCAGACUGUCUGAUCAAACAUGCUUUUACAUUUCCUGUAUUUUCCUCUGUGAUCCACUUCUUCACUCUUCUGCUCCAGUGAGCUUUGCCUGCACUCUCACAUUAGAUGUGUUGGAGUGAGUGUGUGUGCGUAUGUGUGAGUGCUAAAUAGCUCUCUCUUUGGGCGGGUAGCUGAGGACUGAAUAGCUGCGAUAAUGUGUGUAAGGAAGUUGGAUGGAAAAUCUGUGGUACGUGUUAAUGGUGUGUGAGUCAGUGUGUGUGUGCUGGUUUGUGUGUGACUGCUGGACUGUAGGAGUUGGCAGAUGGAAGCAUGAAAGAAAAUGAAAAAACAAAAAAACAUAAAAGCCGCCGUCUUUGCUGUUCUUGAAAUGGACAAAUGAAUGAUUCUGCUCGUCUUAGUCACUCCUAACAUGUUGAACAACAGGUUGUUAUCCCCUGUCGUUUCUCACACGUUUCUCUUAAAACACACUGCAAGGUUCAAACACUGUAAAAAAACAAGUGAAUUAAAACCACCCUGCCGCUGACCUCUGUGAUGAGACUCGGUUUUCUCUAUCUCUGAUAUUUCAUUGACGGAUUAAAACACAAUUUUGAUGCUUAAUUUGCAGACAGUGCCUGAAACAAAAAUGGGUGAGUGUUCGCCUUCUCAGUUUUUUACACCAGCCAAGCACUAAAAGCCUCUACAAUUAGCUUUUGGCGGAUGCCAGAGAAAUAAAGACCUAGAGAGACACAUGGACAGUUUUGAAAACCAGGGUUAUUUCACUCAGAUGUUUUGUUCAGGUUCUCUGACCUAACAUUGAAGCACCUUCACUCAGUUUAUCAGAGACCACAGCUCCUUUGUGCUUAACAAAAAUCUGUGAACCUCAGUGUUUGAUAUCAUAAGGCAUUAAUUCAGUGUGAGGUUAGACACCAAACAUGUGUCUAAUCAUAAUGAAAGUGAAGGUCAGCAGGACUGUAUUUGACCUGCUCUGAAGUUUAUGUGGUCAGACUAGCUACAUGUUUUACUGUAGAUUUGUAUGGAAUUUGUAUGAAAAGCUUGAUGUUAUUAUUUAUAAAAUGAAGUAUUGUAUUUAAGAAUCAAAGGAAUAUUGCAGCGUAAAAUUAAGUUAGGGUAAAACACAUUGUAACACCGAGUUAGACACCCCCUCGAGAGAUUAAUGUUGCCGAUUGCUUACUUCUCUACUUAUACCAACUUUAGUAACGACCGCAGGAUAACGAUACACAGCGGUCUACGUCUUCAUGUGCAAACCUCAACCAAAACACCACUUUAUAGCCACAAAUAAUGCUCAGAACAGCACCUAACUUCAUCAACAGUACAUAUGGGGUCCCAGCUAUAGUACUAGCCACCAAACAUCUUUUUAGCUUUGCCUAAUUUCUUUAGCAAAGAGACUAAACGCAACUCACCUACCCUCUUCCAGCAGCCGCUUGUUUGUAGGCAGAGCUCGGUCGAGUCGAUCAUCGACUGCAGUGGGGGGACACAGCUCAAGGAAGAACAUUUAUGAUCAUUUCUUAAUGGAAAUGCAAUCAGACCGAGAUGCUAAGGCAGAAGAACUACUGUGUCUGGAGUGUAAAAUGAUUAAUAUGGUGAUUAUUACUUCAAGGAAAUGAUAAAGGAAUGAUCAUAAAUGUUCUUCCUUGAGCUGCGUCACCCCACUGCAGUUGAUGAUCGCUCGACCGAGCUCUGCCUACAAACAAGCGGCUGCUGGAAGAGAGUAGGUGAGUUAUGUUUAGUCUCUUUGCUAAAGAAAUGAGGCAAAGUUAAAAAGAUGUUUGGUGGCUAGUACUGUGGCUGGGACCCUAUAUGUACUGUUGAUGAAGUUAGGUGCUGUUCUGAGCAUUAUUUGUGGUUAUAGAGUGGCGUUUUGGUUGAAGUUUGCACGUGGAUCCAUAGACUGCCAUGUAUUGCUAUCGUGCGGUCGUUACAAAAGUUGGUAAAACUAGAGACGCAAGUGGUCGGUAACAUUCAUCUCUUGACGGGGUGUCUAACUCAGUGUUACAGUGUGUUUGACCCUAAAUUAAUUUUACGCUGGAAUAUCCCUUUAAGUCCAAUUUAUGUGCCCAGCAGUCCAUCAAAUCUUGCCUUGAUAACACCUAAUAAUUCAUAGAACUGUAGAAUAAGUUAUUAGGAUCUGUCACAUGCUGCCAACACCAGACAUGCUUUUAAAGGCCAGUAGUUGCUGGAUACUGAUUGGAUGUGCACUAAAGUUAAAAAAUAGUCAGUGCAUUUUUUUUUCUGAAGUCCUUUUUUUAUUUCCAAAGAUGCAGUAAGGAAGUUUUAAUUUAUUAAUUCUCAUAGUUGAUCUGGUCCUGUGCAGGUGAAUGUCGUUCUUGAGCUGCACAGCACAUCACUCACUUUGAAUCUUUGAUCCCUUUGUCUGAUUUAGACCUUUCUGCAGCACUGACCAGAAUUAAUAAUAACCAUAAAUGAACAGUCAAUUCUCGAUGAAGUGGUCACUUUAGUCGAACAUGACUGACAAAGGUUUUAAUUUAAUUCUGUGUCAUAGCGAUAAGAAAAUCCUCAUACUGCUUUUGAGUAAAUAAUGAUGUCUCUGACUGUCAGGGUGACUGACAGGUACAGGUGACGUGUUUUAUGAUUUGACAGUUUUGAAUUAUUGUAGAGGAAGAAAUAUCUCUCUGUCGAUCAUAUGUACACAUUAUUAUGUACUCCCUUCACACGUCAUUAAAUGAAUUGUGUUCGAGUGUGUCUGGUCCUUGGGCUCUAUAUCCUGGAAAAUGAUGAGAAGAAUAACUCUCUCACACACACACACACACACACACACACACACACACAUACACAUAUCGCUCAAGGUCAUGUAUCUAUACAGCUAUUGAUCACCUCAUGCUUUUAUUCUCCUAUAUAUUCCUGAGAGGUCGAGUCUCUUCUGAUCUGGCUCCCAGCUUCUCUCAGUAUGGCGUCUUUUGUCUGUCUGUUGGGAUCCUAUCUCUGGAUGAUGCUCCACUGUUACCUAGCAGCACAGACACACCUGUUCAGGUCUUGGAGGAAACUGUCUGUAGACACAGGUGGUCCCCUCGCAUGAGCAGAAACUCUAAUUAUAUUAGCUAAUGUUUUAAAAUUGAACAAAGUUUUUGAAUGGUGAUGAUUUAAAUCAUUUGGUUACUCUUUGCUUGAUGCCUAUCUCUGUAACGCAUUAUAAAUAUAUGUAUAAUGCAUUAUAAUCACGUUAUAGCUCUGUAUAACUAGCAUUUUAUCAUGACUUACAAGGUCAGGUAUUAUAAUGUGUUAUAACUGUUAAUGACUCACUGACAAUGUCCACAUAGAUAAUGAAAUACAGCUGCUGUUAACAACAUUACAACACAUUAUAAUACCUGACCUUGUAAGUCAUGAUAAAAUGCUUUAUAAUAUGUUAUGAUUAUUGCUAUAAAGCAUUAUACAUCAUUUAUGAGUGUUUAUAACUAUAGUUAUACAGUGCUAUGAAGUGAUUAUAAUGCAUUAUACAUAUAUUUAUAAUGUGUUAUAGAGAUAGGUGUCAAAUAAAGUGUUACCAAGUGAUUUUAUAAAAUCGAGCUGGUUUAGACAUGCUGUAUAAUAUGGAGUUCUUCAGGUGUAUUUUAAACAUCAUAUCUACUUAUUAUAACCUUUUUUUUUACUUUGUGGGCCCACCCUGAAAAAAAGCCUUAUGUGUAGUUACAGCUGUUUACAUCUAAUUACAUAUACAGUCACAUGAUUGGCAGCUUUUAAUUGAGUUUACAAUUUGCUGUUUGUACAGUGUUUUUUUCGUCUAACAAAGCCACUUCUCAUAAUGUGAUUAUGUGCAGAAAUAUUAAAUCAAACUCGUGUUUUUUCCCAUAGUGUUUUGAGGGUUUGAGAUUCGGUGCUUCUUUCCCACAAAUAGAGAUAGAAAAUAAGCCCCCUCCUGUCUAAAUAAAAACAGGAUCUCAGAGGUAUCUGUGCGAUUUGCUGCUUUAAUGAUUCAUGCUGGCAGCAAACACCGGGUGUGGGCACCAGGAUGGACUUACAGACGACUGUAAAUAGAGCAGAGGAGACAGGUUUGAAUUAUUGAUCGAGAUAUUCUGUCAAAUUGUGACUGUGAGCCACUCCCCACCCUGCUGGGCUGCUCACCUGGCAACGUAAAGCUGUUGUUUAGGACCGCAUGUGCUGGAGACGUCCCACAGGGAGGAACUGAAAAGUAUUUUAUCCCUCUUCACUGAAGCAGAAAUGUAUAUAUUUGAGCCAAAUAGGCUCUUAAACAUGUCGUUUUAGCCACAAAGAUUCCCUCAGUGUCAUUGUGCCUGACGUCUCUUACAGCUCUAUUUGCUGUAGUGAUGUUUGACCUGUGUGAGUGCUUAAAGAAACACAAGUGUUUUAUUGCCAACAGCAAGCUGCUGAAUUAAUAAUGAGACAGACAGCAGUGAAACAGAAAGGCUUUAUUUUCCAGCUGGUUGGCCAGUCGUGGCUGUUUGUCACCAGGAAGCAUCAGUAAGAACAUGACAGCUAAAUGCUCCGGCCUGACACCAUGGCUGUUUCACCCCAUUUAGUAGCUUUGAAAGAAGAGUGGCAAAAUGACAUGUUGCAGGUUUUCACACUACUUUAGUGCUUAGGUUGUCAGUGAUGUAUUUACUGUGCAAUGAUUGGUGCCUUUAAGAUCAGUCAAUCCUUUUACCGAUUCAAGCAUGAAUUAAAAGAAUAUUUAUGUCAAAGAAACAUCCUAUAAACGAUAAAAGUCUGAGUAUUUCUGUGAGACAUCAGUCCUGUAGUUUAAGAUUGUGGUUAAUCUUUAGCGAAAAGGUUUUCCUCUGAAUGCUCUGCAGCCUCAUUAAAAAAAAAAAAACUAAGACUCAGGCCGGCUAAACCAACAGUCAGGUCAUUUUAAUUUAUACAGCUCCAGUGAGCCACACAGCAACCCAUUUUUGUUUACAUAAGGUGCAGUAUAACUGCAAGCUAAUGCUGAAAUGAGAAACUUUUUUUAUCUGAACAGGAAGUUAAAAUCCUGAAGUCCCACUCCGAUCGUUUUUUGUUUUGUUUUGUUUUGUUUUUACUUCUUUAAGUGUUGUCAGUGGUUUUUAAAUUGUGAUUAUAAAGUUUUUACCAAAAAUCACAUUACCUGUGUCAUUUUCAAGGGCUUUUCUUCUGCAGAGCUCCAGUAGAUCAUUAGCAAUUCGCCUCUGAGUCGUGGGCAGAGACACUGCUGCUCUGCACUCUCGUCUUCACGUUAGCUUGUAGCCUAACAUUGCUGGUGUUGUAGAGUGGCAGCUAACAUAGGAGCUAUUCAGCUCUCGGACACUAAUGUCUUUAGGGACACGAUGAAAGCUAAUAUCAUAAUUAGCUUUCUUUCUCAAUCCGCUAACACACACGCUUGUUCUGCGAUCGUUCUCUGUAUUCCUCCUUUAUAUGUAGAGUGCGGCCUGCAUAGCGGGACUCCGGGGGCGGAGCUUGGAUUGGUGAUGUAUGUAAUCUCACUGUUUCUGAAUCUGCUGUUUGGGUCUGCAAGAGGUUCACAGCGAUUUCAAUGAAGAAAUACUCAGAAAAGCAAUUUUGCAUUUAGUUUUUUAUGAUAUGUCCUGUAGCAUCAGAAAAAUGCCACAUGAACAUAUAAAAAACAUGAUUUUCAUCAGAGUGGGUCUUUAAAGCCCUACAACUUUGUCUUUAUUUUGCAUUUACUACAGCUAACAUUUAUAAUACAGAUAAAAGCUGAUAUGUCUCCGUUGUUAUCAGAGAAAAUCUCAGUGUCGUUUUCACUAAAAUGUCCAACCAGUGAUGAACUUUAAUUUUGAGCAGCAGUAUUAAUGAUAAGCAACCUGCUCUUGAUGGACUAAACAGAAGAUUAAGAGUUAGAAAGUUAGUGUGUGUGUGUGUGUGUGUGUGUGUGUGUGUGUGUGUGUGUGUGUGUGUGUGUGUGUGUGUGUGUGUGUGUGUGUGUGUGUGUGUGUGUGUGUGUGUGUGUCAGUGUUACACUAGAGCUCUAGUUCAGAGGAAGUCCUCCUCUCUGCUGACUGAGUGGCUUUGACACAGAUUCCAGCUCACGCAUGAGGGUGCGCAGUCUCGCCUGAGCAACUGCUGGAGCCCCCCGUCCAGAGCAUUAAGACACACGGCACAUGUGAGCCGAUACGAGGGGCAGAGGAAGAAGAGGAGGACUGGACAGAGACACAGAAUCCUCAUCUGCACAUGUCUGGCCCAGUCCUGUUCUUCCAUGUCAGAGUGAUCAUUACUUCCUUUGUCGGUCUGGUGUGACCCGUGGACUUCUGACCCUUAUAGUUCAGCUCAGCGGGGAGCUCUGGCUGACAUUAUCCCUCAUUAUCAUCACUGGAUGAUUUCUCUGAGAUUUUGAUUUAGUUCUGACCAGUUUCCUGUUCUAUUAUAUGUCAGACAUUGGCAUUUGUUGUGUAUUGAAGAAGUUUGUCUUGAACCUGUCAGUGACUCUUGUAACCACAGUUGAAGGUUUUUCUUGUUUGGUUUAUAUUUUGAGUGCAAUGGGAAGGAAUCAAAGUUUAUUUAAAAACAAAAAAAGGCAUCUACUUAAUUUUUUAUGGGAGAGUCAUAAUAAUUAUUAUUAUGACUUUAUUUAUAUAGCACUUUUAAAAAACAAGAGUCUACAAAGUGCUUUAACAUGCAGGAAAAUAAAGAAGAUAAAAACAACAGAACAACAACAAGAGAACACUUGGGGGAAAUGUCACAUUACUGGCAAUAAAGAAAUAAAGUUAAAAAAAAAAAAAAAUCGGUGGAAGAUAUAGACGCAUUGAUGCAUUUCACAUGAGCUGAGAUGUUAUUAAAAUAAAGAGAUUAAAACAAAGACAUUUUAAGAACCAGUGAUACCCAGCCAACACAUGAACCCAAUCACUAAAACCUGAAGCUUAAAAGGGUUUAAAGAAGACAAAAUCACAUAAAAGCAAGUACAGUGUAAAGUGUAGCUGGUGACAGUGAAUAAAUGCAGAUCCUCUUAUAUAUGUCUUUCUCAAGCCCCUUUGUAGUAAGGCUUGGCAGUUUUUCUUGAUCUGAUGGCAGGUAUAACUCUGGUUUUGAGGACAUAUUUUAGAUCACAAAAUGAACCAGAUAAUCUGAGGAAAACUAGCAGAAUAAUAAAAAUUGAUUAUAAAACAAAAAACAACCCAAUGUAAGACCCAUGACAAAACAGUCGUCAGUCCUUAACAUCAGAAUAGAUGUGCUUUAGAAGUGAUCUCUGAAUCAGAUUAUGGGUCAGGGUGUGAUCAGUCUGUAAGACUUGCCUCCUUUUUUCAUUUUAGUUUGUUAUUGAAAUUUAAGGAUGAACUUAUCAUAUGUCUGUGCUGAGGAGGGGGAACUCUGACAGUAAUUAUCAUAAGCCGUUGAAGACUGCUGGAACAGCAUGAAUCUCAUUUGGUAACGACAGAUUCGGACUGCUCCUACACUUCAGGCUCACUGCUUUAAGAAAUCAAGGUUUGAAUAUAAAUGCAGCACAAACUGUAUCAUCUCCCCAGAGGAAGGAGAAGGAGCCAUGCUGGGUGUAACACAGAGAACUGACAAGCAUUAAAGCUGCUGGCACACUCAUGGAUGAAAUACAUUUUUAUUCUUGUGAUGCACCUUCAACAGAGUCAUUUAUUUUUCAUCUGAUCUUGUAUACUUAAACUGUACAGCGGUAUAUUUCAGAUGGAUAGUGUCACAUCUCUAUGAUGGCUGCAGUGUGGAGUCCCUGAGGUGGAACUUAGAGGGAUGUCUAAGCUUAUGCUGCCUGUCAGAAACAAUAUUAAUCCUCAUUAUUUCCUCCUUCUCCAUCCAUCUCUCUCUUUCUGUGUCCAGGAGAGCGCUGCGAGCUGUCGUCCCGCUCCGGCCGCUGUGCUCCAGGAGUCUGCAAGAACGGCGGCACCUGUGUCAACCUACUGGUGGGCGGGUUUAAGUGCGAGUGUCCACCAGGCGGUUUUGAGAAGCCCUACUGUGAGAUGACCACACGGAACUUCCCCCCUCAUUCGUUCCUGACCUUCAAGGGCCUCCGCCAGCGCUUCCACUUCACCCUCGCUCUCACGUAAGCCCCCUCUGCAGAGCACCUGGUCCACCUGUGCUUCUCCGUCACCUUUCAGUGAUUCACUCUACAUCCACCUCCACAUCACACUCCUGCACGCUCGCUUUACUGGAGUGUGCCCACCACCUCAAAUUUAUGUAACCACAUUAUGGUUUUAAUGGGCAUAAUGGGUUCACUGAGUAACAUCUAUCUUCACUGGAGCCACUCUGGUACUAGAGCAAAGUUUCUGUAAGAACCAGUACUACAAUCAAUCAAGGCAUGAAUACUUGGAGUGCAAGCUGACAAUAAUCCAAUAGAGAGUGAUCUGCAGAAGCCGUGUUUUUGGAGGAAAGGGUUACAUAAAAUGAGGAAGUUAAUCCCACAGCAAAGUGAGUCUGAUCUUAUUACAGUCAGUGUCAGUGGUCUCUAUGAGCCAUGAGUCACCAUCUGGUCGAGAUCAUCACAGCCCAUGAGAGAGUGGCUGUGUCAGUCAUGUGCUGUUUGUUUGAAAGUUGUUAUCAUACUAUAAGAUACUACUUGCUCUUUAAUAUUUAAAUUCCCUGCUAGUUGGUUUUAGUUUAACAUCCCCAAGUGGUAAAUGAAGUUUUUUGCUUGUUUGUUUUCUACUGUCUCAGUCCUUCCCUGUGGGAGGACAGUCAUUGUUCACAAUAAAAACAGUCUUUUCUUUUAGGUUAAAUGCCAAAUCACCAAUCUUACAUUAGAGCCCAAAAUAAACAUUUUUCUAUCCUUAUAUUCUAUCCUCACACCUAAAAAGCAUAGUUAAAGACCCACUCCAAUGAAAAUCAUGAUUUUCUUGUUUUUCAUAUGGCAUUUUUCUGAUGCUACAGGACAUAUCAUGAGAAAACUAAAUGCGAAAUUGCUUUCCUGAGUAUUUCUUCAUUCAAUUGCUGUGAACCUCUUGCAGACUCAAACAGCAGGUUCAGAAACAGUGAGAUUCCAUACGUAACAAAUCCAAUAGAGGACAAAUACAGAGGACGAUCGUGGAACAAGCGUGUGCGUCAGCAGAUUGCAACACUCAUAAGAAAGCUAAUUAUGAUAUUAGCUUCCAUCGUGUCCCUAAAGACAUUAGUGUCUGAAAGCUGAAUAGCUCCUAUGUUACCUGCCACUUCUACUACACCAACAAUGUUAGGCUACAAGCUAACGUGAAGAGGAGUGUGCAGAGCAGCGCUGUCUCCACUACGACUCAGAGGCGAAUUGCUAAUGAUCUACUGGAGCUCUGCAGAAGAAAAGCCCUUGAAAAUGACACAGGUAAUGUGAUUUUUGGCUAAAAAUGUCAUAAUCACAAUUUAAAAACCACUGACAACACUUUAAGAAGUAAAAAAAAAAAAAGAAGCGGAGUGGGACUUUUAGAUGUUCACCUGAUACCUUUACUUUUUGAGAGAUUAAAAAGACAACAUUUAGGAGUCAGGCUUGUACUUUGACCUGCUGAGUUUGAAGCUUAAUAAUCAAGUUUUUUUAUGAUUUCUUUGACAAGAGGACACUUGAUUUUCAGAAAAGCAUGUGCACACUGUAAGAAAAAUUCCACUUUAGACUAAUUCAGGGUUGAUCUUUUCUCGUCCAUUGUGAGGUGCAAACAGAGAUGUCAUUGCUCAGCUGGCCCCCGUGUUCAGAGGCAGAGGUGUUAUCUUUUUCUGUAAUGAGCAUUCAGUAAAAAUAGCUAAGCCCAGGGUUCCUUUCAUGUCCUGCACAGCACAAAAAAAGACAACCUGGAGUCUUCUCAUCUAAAUUUUAUUACAUUGGUUUUAAAAGAAGACAGAUUUACAUUUUGCAAGGUCUCAUUUCUGCUUUUAUUCCACCUUAAGGCAGAGCUUCUCAACAUUAUCAUGGUUGUAGGCUUUUAUGAUGGUGUUUUUAUGUAGAUGAAUAGUUCUUCUUUUUUCACACUACGACCCGACCCGUGUCAGAUCAUUCGCUAUAACGCAUGUGAAGUAUGGUGAGAAAUUGAAGCUGAAGCCUGUAAUCUGUGGGUUUAUCUUUUGGAGGUGGUUUGUGGAGGGGGGAGGGCCCACGGAGAUGAGCAGAUGAGCUGUGAACACUGAACACAUGCAGAGACAGCAGGACUUCCAAUCUGCCUGAAUUCUCCACGUGAUGAAAUGUAAUCAUCGAUAAAAGCAGUUCGUUCUGUUUGAUUUCUGUCACAACAAGCGACAACAAGUAUCAGCUCUCGGAUGGUAUCACAGGGAAUAUGUCCAACCUUUUUGCUUCACUUAUUGUCAUUCUUGUCACCUUAGACGUGCUUGGCAGGGGCAGACUCUCACAAUAGCUGUAGGUGAAAAUAAUACACCCCUUGAGAGCUUCACGGACAUGGCCCUUUUUUAAGCCAGUUUCAGAUUACAUCGUUUUUUGAUGCAGGACUGCUCAAACCAGUUUUGAAAGUGGUCUACAUUUCACUGGCAGGUCACAGAAGCUGUGAAGUAGCUGGUGUGUAAAAGGUGCCGGUACUGAGUGCCCCAGGCAGGUGAGGUCAACAAGUGUCUCUGUUACCUGAGCCUGCACCGAUCAGGUUCUCCCAGAAAGAGCUUCUGUUAUGAUGAACAACUCAGGAUGUAGAUCUUGUUCUCUGAGUGAGACUGCUAAUUUUAGGUCUCAUUUGAUGCAGUUCAGGCUGUUGACUUCUGCAAUCAACGCUGAGAUUCAGCAGAAAAAAAGCGCAACAUGUUACAGGAUCGAAACAAACAAGAUCAGCCUCCUUCUGAGUGAGUUCACAGAGAACUGAACGCUUCAAUUAACAGCUUUUGGAGACGUGGUAAAAAGCACUUCUGCAGGAGUAUUUAUGUUGACAUUUGUGUUCCUCUUGUUCGAGCUUUGCAGUUGAACUACCUUUAAUAAUGCACGAGGCAAAUGUCACAACUUUUAUUUAUAGAGCGCUUUUCCUGCAUGGACAGACAACACAAAGAGCUUUACACACACAUAGAGAAAAGGAAAAAAAAACAGAAAAACAUGCUGUUAUAACUUACAGUACAUCUUAUGGUUGAAAUAAUUGUUGGUGAGAUGAACUCAGCUUUGCUGCUUUGCCUGGCCUAGAGCUUGCUUCACUUUUUCCUGUCAAAAUCAUCCGGCCAUUUUUUCCUCCAAAUAUUCUGCCUCGAACAAAGUAAAGAUCUUUGGUGGUACAUGCAAAGUGAAGUGGUCCCUUAAAAGGAUAUUCCGGCAUAAAAUUAAUUCAGUGUCAAGCACAACGUAACACCGAGUAAGACACCCCCUUGAGAGAUGAAUGUUGUCGACUGCUUGCUUCUCUAGUUAAACCAACUUUAGUAACGACUGCAAGAUAGCAAUACACAGCGGUCUGAGGAGUCACACACAAACCUCAACCAAAACACCACUCUAUAGCCACAAAUAAUGCUCCGAACAGCACCUAACUUCAUCAACAGUACAUACAGGGUCCCAGCCAUAGUACUAGCCACCAAACAUCUUUUUAACUUUGCCUGAUUUCUUUAGCAAAGAGACUAAACACAGCUCACCUACUCUCCUCCAGCAGCCGCUUGUUUGUAGUGAGACCUCAGGCCAGUCCAUUACGGACUACAGGGGGGUGAUGCAGCUCAUGGAAGAACAUUUAUGAUCAUUUCUUUAUGGAAAUGCGAUGAGACGCUAAAGCAGACAAACUACCGCAUCUGCAGUGCAAAAUGAUUAAUAUGGUGAUUAUUACUUCAAGGAAAUGAUAAAGAAAUGAUCAUAAAUGUUCUUCCUUGAGUUACGUCACCCUGCAGCAGUCUGUAAUGGACUGGCCCGAGGUCUCUCUACAAACAAAGGGCUGCUGGAAGAGAGUAGGUGAGUUGUAUUUAGUCUCUUUGCUAAAGAAAUUAGGCAAAGUUAAAAAGAUGUUUGGUGGCUAGCACUAUGGCUGGGACCCUAUAUGUACUGUUGAUGAAGUUAGGUGCUGUUCUGAGCAUUAUUUGUGGCUAUAGAGUGGCGUUUUGGUUGAGGUUUGUUUAUGGCUCCUCAGACCGCUGUGUAUUGCUAUUGUGCGGUCGUUACUUAAGUUGGUAUAACUAGAGAAGCGGUCGACAACAUUUAUCUCUCGAGGGGGUGUCUAACUCGGUGUUACUCCCAAAUAUCCCUUUAAUCUCUCUUUUUUUGGGAGGGAUAUGUUAAGAAAUUUUCUUAUUUCUGUCAAAAAAAGGAAACUUCCUUGUUUUUAAGGUAAGAAGUCAGGGGAUCGCAGAAAGAACUCUGUAUUUUCUGUGCAAUAUUUUCUGAGAUAUUUCAGUCUUUGUGAGAAGAAGUGAUUCAACAGCCUGCCUCUGCCAUCCCUGCAGCUAAAAAUAAUAUCCAGAGGAUUAUUCAGAGACACCUCUCCUUCUUCAGGUAUAUAUGUUCUAUAUAUUAGCACAGAUUUCUCUUCAACACACAUCAAGCGCUUACAGGCGGUAAAAUCAAUAUGAGGCUCUUUUAUUUUUCCUCCUCAGUGCACACAUCGUAUGAAGUACAGCAUGUUAGCAUUGCGUGACAUGGUUCCCUACAUAAGGGCAGACUGGUUGUUAUUUUUACUGAUGGGCGCCUAAUGUGACAUGCAGUGAUGCCAGUUCAGUCACCAUUUAGCUCUGGUUGAUUACUCUCAUAGUUCAGAGGGCUCAGGGGGGCAAUGUGGAGAGGCCUUUUAAAUCGAUCCAUCAAAGACUAAAGCUCACUGACUGACUUAGGACUAAUAGACUCUGGAUUGAUACUCGAGUCGGCAUUUUGUGGUCUUUACAGCAUAUAUAGAGCAGCCCUGGAUUCUCUGGGCUCUGUCUCUACUCUCACAAUCAGUUGGAGCAUCCUCUCCCUUCUGAGUCUAUGACUACAGAUUUUCUCAGUAAGCAGGUCAGCGAUGCUGUGCCCUCUGGCUUCUCUCCAAGUAAAAAAUCCUGCACAAACAGCAUCAUUUACAGAAGACCCUCCAACCUUGAGGACUGAAAGAGGGGGGGUGGGCUGCUCAUGUUUUCAUGCAUGAGAGAAUGUAAAGAUAUUUAGAUGUGGCAUCUUUUCUUCUUUAAAGGCUUUUUUAGGGUUAAAUAAAUGUUACUUUUGUGUUUGAGGACUAUAAGUGUUUAAAAGUUCCAGUGUUUGAGCUUUUGAGGAAAUUUUAGAUGCAUGUUGUUGGAGUUAAUGACCGAGAAAUACAGAUGCUAGUUACUCACACAUGCCCCUCAGUUGACAGAUGUGCUCACAAAGUCUUGUUGUUGUGUCUCCUGUGGGAUGAUGAAUACACCCUGUUGUCCAUGUAGUUUUUUUUUUUUUAAACACACUUUCAAACAUCACAGUGACCCAUUUCCACAGAUUCAGAUUUACGAGCACAGACUACAGAUGACAGGAAAGUGUGAUAUUUUUAAAACCACGUGCAGUAAUCCCAGAUCCAGAGUGAGCCGUCGGGUCUUUGGGUUUGAACCAUAUGAGCCCAGAUAUAUUGAAAUAUGCAUUAAUAUGCGUGGUUAAUGCAGCAUGUCCCUGGGUGAUUUGGUUUCAGCUGCAAGAUGCCAACAAAAACCUGGAAGUGUGGCCGUGGUUGCAGCAUUCACAGCUGUCUGUUUCUUUCUCUUCCUUGAGAAAAAUGAUUUUAAAGCUGUUGUUCCUCUAAACUGUCUUCCUGUGUGCUUCUUCUUUCUUAAUGUGUGCCUCCACCCUGCUGCUUUGACAUUGCCCUAGUUUCCUGUCUCUGUGUUGUAGUGUGUGGUUCAGUGUGGCUCUAAUAUCUAUUCAUGUCACGCAGAUUGUGUAUUCCUUUGCUUCCGCUAAUACACAGUCUUGUGUUCAUGAUUAACCUCAUUAUUUGUUCACUGAUCUUUGUAUGAUCAGCAUUAUUAAAUCCUGACUUUAUAAUCAGAAUAGUGAGUUACUCAUCGUGCUUUCUCUCUUUGUGGGUCGAGGAGUAUACGCGCGUGAAGAAAGAAAGGUGGAUGUGAGGGGAUGGUAUGGAUAUUUCUAAAUGGGUCAAACCUAAGGACCACUUCCCUCUUUCUUUUCUUGUCUUUUUUUCUCUGUUAAUGGGGUUUACAGACAUGGCCAACAGCACAUGUACUUUUACUUCACACAUCAGUAGUCCUGCAAUUUUGUGUUUUUAUACUCAAAGGCAGGGCAAUGCUAAUGAAUUAAAAGAAAUCUUAGAAAACAACCAGGAGAAACCAUUUCUUGAGCUCAAAAGUUCCACCAAAGUCAACAGUAGUUUUGAUUUGGUCUAUGUGGGGACAUGAUUUUAAAAACAACAGUUAUAAAUUAUUGUCAGUAUAUUUUUAUAGCAAAAGGAGGCUCAUUAAUUGCUCAUUAGGCACUCCAGAGAGUGCUAUCAGGAGAAGAGUACUGAGUGUGAUGUAGAAAUAAUAAAUGAGAGUAACCUGGUUUAUGGAUGUCAUCCAGUGAAACUGUGCGACUCAGUCACUUUGAUGGUUUAUUUUUUAAAUUCUGUUAUAUGUACAAUUGUUGGUGCACAUACUAGACUGUAUAUAAGAUGGACAAUUUGCUCCACCUUCCUCAAGUAUGCAGAUUUGAAGCAAAAAAGCUCUCAGUAAUUCUGUGUUUUUUCUCCACUUCCUGAAACCAACAUUGGGCAGUAUUACUAUACGCAUUCGGCGGGAGAGUCGCUGAGAGUCACUGUGAUGAUGCAUUGCUCAAACAGCGUAUCCCCUGGGUGAGCUACACAAUCUUCGUACGCCCAUAGGCUGUAUCAAGUGUCAAUCAUAGAAAACAUGAACCCCCUAAAAACCUUUAAAAAUGGAGCUAUACAGAAUAAAGAGGACUUGAGCACAAACCAGUCUGACAGUAACUACAUGUCAACAUUGCAACCAGGGGGGAGAAAAAUUUAUAUUCCCUGUAAUAAAUUUCUAAAGUUUGUCCACAGCUCUAUAAGGAUUGCUGGAGGAGGCGGGAUUUAUGACCUAUACUGCAGCCCGUCACCACGGUGUGCUGUUCUUUGGGUGGCUUCACCCAGUGAGGAGGCAGACGGCGUCCAUUCUUUAUACAGUCUAAGUUGGUGCAUCAGUUUGCUUAGCAGAUUUGGUGUGCCAAGGCUACAGUCCUCUUUUGCAGUGGUUGCUGGUUCGACAACCCAGACAUGUCCCCUUUGCUGGUGUCGCCCUCAACACUCUACCUCUCGAUUUUUUUGUCUCUUUUCAUCUGUUUUGUUUAAUAAAAGCACAAAUGCACCUAAAAUGAGUGAAAAUUUUAAACAUAGUAUUGUUAAAUAUUGUUGAUGAUGAGGAAAGAAAGGGAAUUAAAAACCUUCCUCCAGCAUUAUUCUGAAUUUACUGAAUUAUUAUGAAUAUAACUCAUGAAGAUAAUAAGUAAUUAAUUAGUGUGUAGUGUCAAAUUUAAUCAAAAAAAAUUUUUUUUCUUCAGAUUUGCAACAAAGGAGCCAAAUGGUUUGUUACUCUACAAUGGCCGCUUCAAUGAGAAACAUGAUUUCAUCGCCAUGGAGAUCAUCAAUGAGCAGAUCCAGCUCACCUUCUCUGCAGGUACCCUCACUUAUGACCUGUCACUUUGUUUACGAAAAAAACAUUUCAUCACUUUGUGCCAGUUUGUAGAGAGUGAGUUAAAUUCUUCACUGCUUCGACUCUUCCCAGGUGAGACCCAAACUACAGUUUCACCGUUCAUCCUCGGAGGGGUCAGCGAUGGCCAGUGGCACGUGGUGGAGGUCCACUACUACAACAAGGUAUGAGCUCUAAUAAACUGACCCAAGAACAACAUCAUGAGUCCCCUAAGUUUAUCGACAUGCAGAGGAUAAGGCAAAAAUGUUUUGGCUAUCUUCUGUCAAUUGUUUAUUUUUAGGACACUGACAGAUUUAGUCGUUCAAAAAUAUCACACAAACCUAUCAGCACCACUAAAUCACACUAAAAUACAUGUUUUAUCUCUCUUUAGCGGAAAGUUAAAAAAAGUGGCAAAUUUUGGUUCUAAAGAAAGGUUAUUACCUGAUUUAGUUGCCUUUUGACAGAGCUGGGCAAACUGACCCCAAACGUUUCUGUUGUUCAAUGCAGUAACGCUUAAUUUGACGCCUAUCUCUAUAACGCAUUAUAAUGUGUAAUACGUUAUAAUCACGUUAUAGCACUGUAUAACUAUAGUUAUAAACACUCAUAAAUGAUCAUAAUGCUUUAUAGCAAUAAUCAUAACACAUUAUAAAGCAUUUUAUCAUGACCUACAAGGUCAGGUAUUAUAAUUUGCUGCAACUUUUAACAAUAAUUGCAUUGCAUUAUGUAUGUGGACAUUGUCAGUGAGUUGUUAACAGUUAUAACACAUUAUAAUACCUGACCUUGUAAGUCAUGAUAAAAUGCUUUAUAAUGUGUUAUGAUUAUUGCUAUGAAGCAUUAUGAUCAUUUAUGAGUGUUUAUAACCAUAUUUAUACAGUGCUAUAACAUGAUUAUAAGGCAUUAUAGAGAUAAGCGUCAAAUAAAGUGUUACCUUUAAGGCUAAACUAAGCUAACCAGCGACUGGUUUUCACUCAAUGUACAGAAACAGACAUGAUGUCACCCCAGUGAACAUGUACUCAUGUUGGAUCUUGUCCACACAGCUAUUAUCUGUUUCAUUUCCUCUUUUUAAUUGUCAUACAAUAGCUCACAUACCUUUGUUAAAAACCGCUGUGUCUGCUGCUGCUCCUCUCAUCAGGGUUGACGUGACAUUACAGAAAAGAUCCAGAGUGAAAUCAGGUUGUCGGUUUGAUUCCCUGCAGACAAUUGAAAAUGUGUCUCUUUUUCAGUAACUUGUUUUUUCACCUCCAUAACUCUGUAUCUGUACUGAACACAGUGAGUAGAUAGGAAACCCUGAGCCUUGUAAGUUUGUUGCUCUGCCUCUUUACUGUCAGACUUAAGAAUCGCUGCUGACAGGCGGAUGAUCUGGAAGAGUGCCAACAUGCCAAUGAAACACUGACAGAGGCUCAGACAAGAGAGGAAAAGUGUGGGGGGUGUUAAUGAAUGAAAGCCAGAGAAAGAAAAAAUGCAACUUUUCUCCAGACUCAACGGUUUAUGUUUUGCUGAUACAAUCCUCAGUAAGAACAUUACUUAAGAUCAAUCAGAGGAAACAUAUUAGGACCUGUUGCCUCAGCUCUCUCAGUGUUUUCCCACUCAGGAAUAACACGCAGAAUGUCACUCUAAAAUCUAUUCAAAUCGUCACUUUGCAUUAUAAAGAUGUUGCCAGGCAACACCCCCGCUGCUCACAUUUUCUAUCGAGGGUCUAUGAUAACAUGGCUGUUUCAGAUUUUAGUGAUGAAAGGGGUAAACUUGUUGACUUUUGGAUGAAAAAUGGUUGCAGAAAGACAUUUAUAGUCUCAUUAAUCACUCUUGUACAAAACCUGUUUAUCAAACAACUUUGAGUUAUUGUUGUUGAACUUGCCCUUCAACUUCAUUUCUGUAGGGGUACAGACUGUUUGAAAAUAGGAUGACUCUUGAUAUGAGAUUUACAUGUACACUUCAAGUUAAAAAUACAACAUGUAGAUAUUUUACUCAUUUUGGUGAAAACUUUUUGACACCAGUUUUGAUCCGCUUUGAUGCAGAAUUCCAGCUCAUUUAGUGGCACCAAGAAUAAUGUAUGAAGUGAGUUUAAUUAAUUGAUGAUACAUUAAGAAUUAAGUGACCACGCAAGCUCAGAGAGCGCGAUCAUUUCUUAAUGGUGAGCAAAAGAAAUUAAAAAAAUAUAUGUCAUACGAUAUGUUCAUUUUUUAUGGAGUGAAGCCUGUGUACGUAAUGAUGUUGAAUACAUACCGUAAGUUUAGUCUUAAAUAUCCCAGAAGUGUCCUGGUUUCCUCCUCUCAUCUCGUCCUCCACAUCCUGUGAGCUGCUGAGGUAAAAACUCGGCUCCUCCCUCUGAAGGUAUCCCAUGGUGGCCCACUCUGACCUGUCCCUGUCCCUGUCCGCAGGGGGUGGGGCAGGGUGAGGCAGUUUGGGGAGGAGGGCAUUUUAGAUUGAAAUGUGGCUUUCAGGAUAGCGGGGGACUGUGGAGAAUGGCAAUGACCGCUUGCCUUUGUGUCGGGCUCUGCUUCCUUUGGGACCAUGGGCAGUGAAUGAUGCGGCCCCGGGGAAGGUGCCCCUGUCUCUCUGUUCUCCGGCAUGACAGAAAAGCGGAGCAGAAGAGGAGCGAAAGGAGGCCAAAGAAAGGCUGAGAGAUGUAUUGACUCGGGCUUUGAACGGGGAUGGUGCGCUUCAGGGCCGACCCCUCUUGUUGCUAUGGUUUUUUCAGUCAAUCUUAAAUCCCAUAUUUGUGUUGCUUGCUGCCAUGGUCCUCCUGAGAAACCCCUGUCGCCUUCUGUGACAGCAAACUCAUAUUCCCAUAAUCUCCUGUCGCGGCGAGUGAGGGCAGUGUUUAAUGUUGUCCUGAGUAAAUAUGUGCGUUCCAAUCAGGGCUGACAGGACGGGGUUUGUUUGGCAAGGAGACGUCCUGACAGACAGUCAUUAUUGGAGAGUCAACAGGCGUGACUGAUGACAGCAAAGGUCAGUAAAGGGAGCGUCCAAUCUGGAGCACUGCCUGUUCCACCGCUUUCACAAAGCCUGGAAAAAACAGCGUGUUGGGUGAUUUCACCUUUGGCAAUCAACACUGUGUGUUUGCUUGUUUCAUCAUCAACAAAUUUGUAACAGAUUGGCCUUGAAGAGCAUCAGCUGAGAAGUUAAAAAGUCACUUUCAGUCUGUUCUUGUCUACUUAACAUUUCAGAGCUGAAACAGACGGUUUCACAGUCAAAAAUAAAUGUUGGGACUUCCUGUGGGAAAAGCGCUCAACAACGGGGCCGUUGUUCUGAAAAGUAACAUCAGUCACCUGAACUGCAGGCUGAGGAGGAAGUUUGUAUUGUUGCCAUGGCUACCAAAAUAAUAACUGGAACCAUGAGCAUCUUCACAUCCUGUAAUUACUCAGUCUGAACACUGGGCUAAAUGGAAGUCUGUCACAAGUGCAAUCUGAGAUUUGAUAAAUCGUUCCCGCCAAACAUCAAAUCAGAAGCGACCGGAUUAUGUUUUUUGUUUCAGUAAAAUCUAUUCGUCUAUUAAAAUUUUAACUUGUUCUGUGAAUAUGUCCAGAUUUGUUUGAUGGAUGGCCAGAAAUUGAUGCUUUGGGUGAACUUGAACAGCUUUAUAAACAUUUUAUAAAUUCCUAAAUCAAUCACUGGAUUGAUCACCAAAAAGCUUUGUACAGACAUUCAUGAUGUUCCCUUACAGAGAAAGUUUGUUAUUUAUGUCGGGCCCUUCCCUUUCCACUGAGCAAUAGACGGCUAUUAGACGUCUAGAUUUUUUUUUUUAAACUAAUUUCAACUGUCUGGAUUCUGUAUAUUUUUAGAUGGAAUUUAGACGUUGCACUUUAACCCAUUAUCUGAUAACUUUUUAUUUCAAAAAGCAGCUGUGAGUUGCAUAACUGAUCUCCAAGUACUUAACCAAAAAAGUUAUAAUAGCCGUUGAGCAAUAUACAGUGUAGUAUAGAUAUAGCCCAGAUUUAGAUUUAGUCUAAACUUGGUCUAAAUAACUUUCAUUUUUAGACCUGUGGUAGCCUGAUUUUAGACCAGGCGUCUAGGCUACAUUUAGACGUCUAUUAGACCUCUUUUAGACCAAAAAAGGCUCAGUGGGUUUUUUGUGGAAUAAUCACCAAGUCAACAUCUUGUUGGUCCGUUUCUUUACUUUAAGGCUAAAUGACCACCAACAUGUUGAUCCUGUCGUAAGACUCAGUUGUACAUUGCUUAGUGGUAAUAAACAAACAUUAGCAUUGUUAACAAAAACAGUUAGCACUGUAAACCUGCUCAGCAACAGAUGUUAGCUUUGUUAUUGUGGCCAUGUUAGCUUUCUUAAUUUAGCUUUUAACUUGAAGCACAGCUGUGCCUACAUCCUCACAGCUAGCACAGCAGUAACCCCACAGGCUGGAGGCCUUUAUUUCACUCUUAGAUGCCUUUUUUUUUUUAAAUAGAUCACAUGUUCUGGUUUAGCUUUUAUGUUACAGUUAGUUUGCGACAAUUUCCCAGUCUUACGGGUAAUAAAGUGUAGUCUUUCUUUUAUUCUACAUCAAAACAACCACAGCACGAUGAAACAACACUUCCUCCAAAUAAUCAACAUAGUUCAGGUGAGGUGUAAAACACACAGUCUGGUGGUUUAGACUUUUUUUUUUGAUAUGUCUCAUUCAUAUCACUAGCGCUCUGCACACUCUGUGAUCACAAGACAUGGGGGUGAACUCAGGAAUUCAACUCACCGCAGCCUCUCAGUUACAGAGUCGUGUUAUUAAAGGCUCACAGAGAUUUAAUCUAAUCUACCCGAGGAAAAAAGUCAUGUGAGAGAAAUUAAAUUGUCGGGCUGCCUUGAGGCCAAAAUUAUAUCUGCCAUUAAUGCCAUGCAUGAUAAAGUGCAUUUUUGUCUCAAUGGAUUUCCUCUGGGUAGAGCUGCUCAAGAUGUUGCACCAGCCAGUGAAACCACAGUACAUCUCCAGCUGGGUGAUGUUUUCCAAGAUUCAAUUUACAGGAUCAAACAGCAGAGACAAAAGGUCAGAACAACAGUGCAAUCAAGAAUCGUCAUCCCUGAAGCUUGUGCAAUCAGCAACAGCAUCUAUUUUAGUUUGAGCCCAUGGUAAAAAAAAAAGAUUCAGACUACAAAAGCUCCAUGUUGUUUUGAAGCUAAGAGCCAGUUCUUCAUAUCAUCUCUGCUCAUGAGACGAGCUAAUUCCUGCUAAAUCCUGUCUGAGCAGCUGACAGCUCAGUGGCCCGCUGCCGCCUGCAGGUCGGCUGUGUGUGAGGGCGGUCGCUGCGCCGCUCACAGCCCACGACACCAGCUUGAACCCACACUUAAGGUUAAUAUGAGCUCUAGGUGACCUCUGAGUCACUGGGCGGUUUGUAAAGAGGUCCUGACCUUUUAUUGACAGGAUCAUCAUUCUCUCCCCCGCAGACCCCUCCCCCUUUUGUUUCUCCCCCCAUUGAUUUCUCAGACAAUGAAGAAGAUCCUUUGUCAUUGGGGAUGAUGUCCUGCAGAGAGCAGGCUCUACUUCCAUGUGUGCAGCGUGUGUGCGUCUUUGCAUUCAACUCCAGCUGUUAUGAUAUGAAUCAUUAGAAUACUGAACAAGGCGAUCUAACAAGAAUUGACCUGAGUGAAAUAUAAAACAUCUUUUUUUGUUGUUGUUGUUGUUGUUGACCACUUUUCAAGCCCAAAGAGUUUUAUCCAGCUCAUACAGCCAUGCACAGAUUAGCAGUGCCUGAGACUGCCAGAAGUUUCAUAGACUAAUCCUUAAAGAAGUGCUGCAGAAUAAUAAGAAAUUUCCCUAAUAACCUAUUUCUGGGUUCUAUUUUUUUUAAAGGGAUAUUCCGGCAUAAAACUAAGCUUGGGUCAAACACACCGUAACACCAAGUUAGACACCCCGUCGAGAGAUUAAUGUUGCCGACCACUUGCUUCUCUAGUUGUACCAAACUUUAGUAACAACCGCAGACUGCUCUAUAGCCACAAAUAAUGCUCAGAACAGCACCUAACUUCAUCAACAGUACAUAUAGGGUCCCAGCCAUAGUACUCGACACCAAACAUCCUUUUUAGCUUUGCCUGAUUUCUUUAGCAAAGAGACAAAACACAACUCACCAGAGUUGUCAAACACACAGACGCUUGUUUAUACUGAGACCUCUGGGUGAGUCCACGACUGCAGCGGGGUGACGCAGCUCAAGGAAGAACAUUUAUGAUCAUUUCUUUAUCAUUUCCUUGUAGUAAUAAUCACCAUAUAAAUCAUUUUUCACUGCAGACGUGGUAGUUCUUCUGCCUUAGUGUCUCGGUCUGAUUGUAUUUCCAUGGACAAAUUAUCAUAAAUGUUCUUCCUUGAGCUGCGUCACCCCACUGCAGUCAGUGGACUCGCCCGGAGGUCUCCGUAUAAACAAGCGGCUGCUGGAAGAGAGUAGUUGAGUUGUGUUUAGUCUCUUUGCUAAAGAAAUCAGGCAAAGUUAAAAAGAUGUUUGGUGUCUAGUGCUGUGGCUAGGACCCUAUAUGUACUGUAGAUGAAGUUAGGUGCUGUUCUGAGCAUUAUUUGUGGCUAUAAAGUGGCGUUUUGGUUGCGUGCGUGGCUCUCUGUAUUGCUAUCUGCGGUCGUUACUAAAGUUGUUAUAACUAGAGAAGCAAGCGAUCGGCAACAUUCAUUUCUGGCUGGGUGUCUAACUCGGUGUUACGGUGUGUUUGACCCUAACUUAAUUCUACGCCGGAAUAUCCCUUUAAUGUCAGGUGACAAAAAUACUACAGCAUCUUUAAAUUAUCUACAAAUCAAUAAUGCUUUUUGUUCUUAUCGCUGUUUCAUGAUCUUAUUGCUGACAAACCUUUAGGGAAAUCUCAGAUCACUGCUCUCUGUAAUUAAUUAGAUAUCUUUCUUAUUUCUAUCUGGCUAUUUUUGCUUGUUCUGCCUCUCUGUGAUAUAUGUGUGAGAACAUUAAUUCAUCAUGCACACUGGUGAAAGCACAAAACAAAGACUGGGUCCUUAGCCGGCUGGAGAGAAAAGAAAGUUUAAGAUGCCUGAGUGUAAACAAAGUCUCUGUGUUUAUAGGGCCUGGAAUUAACAAAGCUUUAUGAAUUCAUACCCUCUCUUACUCGAUAAAUGAUCUCCAUUUUCAUGAGUUUCUCUCUCAUCGUCCCCACAGCCAAUCCUAAACCAGGCUGGUCUACCACAGGGGCCUUCAGACCAGAAGGUUGUCGUAGUGACAGUGGACAACUGUGACACCUCUGUGGCCCUCAGGUUUGGUCACAUGAUCGGAAACUACACAUGUGCUGCUCAGGGCAGCCAAUCAGGAUCAAAGAAGUAAGUCUUCAUGAGCAGAAUUACAGAUACUUUCAUGAAAAUAUAGAGAAUAAAUGUCUCUAGGAGCAGAGUUUUUAUAAAUAAAUGUUUGCACCCAUAGCUUCUUACAUCCUCCCUCCUACAGCUGCAGUUACUUCAUUAACGUAAUUGAUGAGAUCCUUUGUAGUUUCCUCAUUAAAAGAGAGUAAACUUGUUUAGAGAUGAAGAUCCACAUCUCUAGGGUGUUGGCUAAGCUGGGCUUUUUCCCCCUUUAUAGUGAUGUUUAUCCUCUUUCCUGUUUUUAUCUCCAUGGAGUAGAAAUACAAGAAAUACAACUGCAAAACUCUCUGUGAUAAAUAUUUUAUGGCUCCCCCCUACCCACCCCCACCAUGAUGUAAAGGCAGGGCAGGACUGUGGGUGCGUAAAUGUUCAUGGGUCUCUGUCUUUUUAGAUCUUUAGACCUGACGGGCCCGCUCCUCCUAGGAGGAGUCCCCAAACUCCCAGAAGACUUUCCUGUCCACAACCGGCAAUUUGUGGGCUGCAUGAAGAAUCUGAGGAUUGACAACCAGCACGUAGACAUGGCCAGCUUUAUCGCUAACAACGGCACUCUGCCAGGUAUGUAGCUACCAUUUGACCUGCAGGUCGUUCCAACCUGGGGCUGUUUUGUAGUCAAACAGUAGCCAUGUUUACAUGUGCAAAAUUUCUUGAUCUGAUUAAAAAUUUGAGGGAUCGGAUAAUCUGAAUUCACAGUUUAUAUGGGUGCAAAAUCAAAUACUACGAUCAUAACAUUCAUAUACAUGCACCAAGCUUUAUUCAGAUCAGAAGCAUUUGGACAUGCGUAGAGAACACAGAAGAAGAGUUGUAUUUACGCCUUUGCUGUCAACAAACCAACAAACGCGGUAAUAGCUCACUUCAUCCAAUUCAGGAUUUUUUCCCUUGUUAAACGGUGUCACUAGAUGGCGCCCUUGCAUGUAGAUGUGACAUCAUUAGGCUGUAUGUACGCCUUGUUAUGUUGUACUGGAGGAGCAGCCACUGCAACCGCGGUUGUGUUUUAUGCCAGAGUGUUAAUAAUGAAACCUCCUGUACUGACCUCAAUAAAUAAAACAAAGGCUAAAGAGUGAAGAUCGAGUCAGGUUAGAGAGUCACGAUCAGAAUAAGUGUUUACAGGGACGCAUUUCGGAAUAACGAUCCGCAAAAAACACCCCUCUAGAUCGGAAUACAAUUUCUUUCCGAUUGAACCAAAUUGGAUCAGAAUCUUCCGAUCGACAUGUUUACAUGACACAUUUUUACUCAGAUCAGUGGAUUUUUUUGUGCCCAUGUAAACACAAGUACUGUUUCUUUGUUGAAUGAGCAAGUGAGGAAGACAUGCAGAAGGAAGAAAAUAACAAAGCCUUUAAUGAAUACAGUGGGGGGAAGUCUAUCCAGUGAAAAUGAUCAUUCUACCUGCUAUGAAUAGUUCAUCUGCCUCUAACUCUUUCAAACUCAGGCAUAAUGAGGUAGAGCAGAUCAAACAAAUGGAUGAACCUCUGAUUUCCUCUACUCUCAGGUUGCUCCGCCAAAAGACAUUUCUGCAACAACAACCCCUGUCUGAACGGGGGAACCUGUGUGAACCUGUGGGGCUCCUUUAGCUGUGACUGCCCUCUUGGAUUUGGAGGGAGAAACUGUGAAAGAGGUGAGUGUGUUUGGCUAAAUAAGCUAGAUGAGACAGAUGACACCUGACAUGCAGUUGUCUACAGUUUUGGAGGGUGGGGGUUGUGCCUUUUUUAAGAGGGUAGGACCGUGUAUAGAGCAGGAAAUGUUGAGAGAGAGCGGACACUGACGUGAGAAAGUAGCCUCAGGCAUGGGUCAUUCACCUGUGUAAAUGGGACAUGGGAUUAGACUGCUAGGCAGCAGCACCCGCCUGCAGUUUUGAUCUGAGACUCUCAUCUACACGUGAGAGCUGAGAAUGAACUUGUCAUUGGAUAUAAAAGUGUCAAAAUAAACAGAGUAGAAACAGAAAUAGACUCCUACUGCUGCAGGUCUACCUUGUGUAGAUUUUUGUCUUCUUUUUUUGGCCUGAUUAAUGAUAGAAAUGUGAUAAACUGUGAGCUGUUUCCCGUUGAAUUUUCUCAUGUUUGAACAACGUCAAAACGCUGAAGAGUAAUUGCUUUUUGACAUUCGAACACAUACAGUAAACUUCUUAUGUUUCUGUCCCUGUGUUCUCCAGUGUCGGUUUUUGUUCCACCCGAUCCACCGCAGCUGUUGGCUCCUCUGAUUUAUGGUUUGCAGCAAUUUGAGAAGAAAUAGAGGAAAAGAAACGAGCCGUGUCAACAUCUCUAGCAAAACAAACACAAACUCUUUUUCUCAGCUUGAAUCAGGGUGUAUAAGAUUUAUAAAAGUAAGCACUUCUUUAUGUAGAUUAGUACUAAAAAAAAGAGAGAGAAGAGAAGUUGUUCUGCAGGUAGAGACAGAUUGAUAUUCAAAGAGGAACAGAUGUGUUCAUUAAAGUUUAUGAGCAAUAUAGAAAGUGGGCCAUAAGGCUGUUUGAUCAGGCGUUACUGAUCUUCAGAAGUGCUGUAAUCAGUUCUGAUAACUUGAAUACAUUAUAAUGAACAUCAUCAGAUGUGCAGUUGUCGAUGUAUGGAGUGAUUUUAGAUAAUUGGCUGAAAACUAAUAAUGAUUGACGAGUGGAUCAUCAGAAAAUUACAGAAAAGUAUUUUCGAAAUCAGUACUGGUGUCUUCUUGCUACAUGUGUGUCAAACAGGAAGCAGAUUUCUUUCUUUCUUUUUAUGGUUGAUGUGUUUUAUUAUGUGUAGAUUUGGGGCCUAUUGACUGAAGUUUCUCUCUUUGGAUCUCACUCCCCUCAACCACAGCACAUCAGGUUUAUUUGGCAUCACAAAUUGACCACUUCGAUCAGGGGCCUUUCUUCACUUUGUACCAACGCGCCUUAAUGAGGCGAACCUGCUUCACAUCACGCAGCGUCCUUUUCUGUUACUUUGUUGUUGUGAGAAGAGGCAGAAAAGCUUUGUUAGGACCCCAAAGUCAGUGCAUGAGGGCACAAACAACUCACGAAAUAAACUUCCCUCUGAUUCAUGAACUACAAAAUGAAACUUAAUGUAGCUGCUGCACUAAAUACACAGUCAGAGGGGGUCUUAGGGAUCCCCUCUGGACACAUUUUAAGGCGUAUUUUGUUACUUUGCUUUGAAUAAUAAUUUAUGACUAAAACUUUUUUAUUUUUUUACUUUUAAUUCCCUUGUUAAUAAAAAAAAAUCCUCUGCUUCACUGAAAAAAAAAGAAUCCAUGAAUAUGGAUAUCUUUUUUGGUUUCAAAAGUUCAGCCUCUGAACAUUAGACGUCUCCUUCUUCAAUGAAAAAUCUUUUGUGACUUGAAUGUGCGCUGGAGGUUUCAAGUUUUCACAUCACUGCAGUGUGAUAUCAUGUAUUGGACUGUGUUUGGCCCCAACAUCAGUUGUGAUGUUGUUUAUCCUGCUGGUAAAGAAAUGCGCAUCCAAAACUCCGCCUGUGUAUGAGCACUGAGAAUCCUCUGUGAAUAGAGGUAAAGACGGCUUUCUAGCAUCAAAUUUUGCACAAACAUGACUCUGUGCAGCAAAGCCAAAACAUCAGGGCCAAAAGAAAAGAGCAUGUCCAGACUUUUUGGACCCAACUGUGGCGUAGGAGGGUGUUCACGCACAAAUCAUAUCUACUUCAACUUCUCACACUUAAAGGUCCUGUGAUGAACUUUGUAUGACGCCUACUCCCACCCACAGCCACGGUCAUUUUGUUACUCUUCUUGGGUUUUUUAAGAUCCUAAAGAGACUUCAAUAUUAUUUCAGCCAGUUAUACAUUGAGCUGGGUGAUAUGGCCUGGGCAAAAUCAAUAUCAUGACAUACUGAACAGCUCAAACUUUUGCACCUGCUGUUUCUGGCUUAGAGUGUUUGUACUUUCAAGUAAGCGCUCUGGUAUGAGUUCUUUGUCCGUGUUAAUAGAAUAUCAAUCUGUGGCAUUGAUUGUCAGACUGUGUGAUAUGGGGCUGGGUGAGAUGGCCUCAAAUCAAUAUCACAUAGAUAUAUAUGUAUAUAGAGCAGUUCACUUCGAUAACGAUAAAUGGACGAUAACGACUCCACAAGCUGCUCACCCCGUCUCAAGUUAACUUUUUACAACUUUUGAACCGUCCUCCAUCUCCUCAACUGUCUUUCCCUCUUUGUUAUGGACUGGAUGGGGUGGAGUCACGUGUCUGAUGUAGGACAGCAUCUUAAAGGAACACGAGACCACAUCCAAAACCAACUUUUAUUUAUUUUUUGACUCUGAUUAUAUCGAUAGGGGCAAAAUGAUGUUGGUUACUGUCUUAAAUAUCGGUAUCGGUAAAUUUUUGGUUUAUCGCCCAGCCCUAUUUUUGGUACAAUAAAGUUUAGCCAUUUCGAUCAUGAUACUGACAGUGAUAAUGACAGUGUCAAAUGUGCUACACUAAAAUGUAAAGUGGCUACUGAUAGUCCGUCAUCACACAGCCCAUGCAGUUGAUUGAGCAGUAACCCCUUCCCCUGACAUCCCAACUAGACAACCAUAGGUCAGGGGUGGCAAAAAAGAAAAAAAAAAUCUGUAUUUCACUGACAGGAAACACUAACCCAGAAUCUGUGUUUUAAUGUUUACCUCAGUGUCCUUGGAUCUUAUCACGCAUACUCUGAUUAUUUUUAGAAGGCCUCUGUGUUUCUUUGAAUCAUCAGAGGAGUGAGCUUUCAGGGAGCGUCUGUUUUAGCCUCAGACAGUCCUAAAAAAGCUGCAGAUUAGCGAAGCAUCAGUCUGUCUGAUUAACUGAGAGUUUUGAAGCUGUGAUAACUUGGACGUGAUCAGGGAACAUAUUGGACUGGCUGGGUGACAGACAUGACUCACUCUCCAUAAAACUUUCUAUCGCUCUCUCUUCAUUUAGCUCCAUCCCCCUCCUCCUCUUCCCUCCUCGAACUCUCUCCUUACAUUUUAUCUGAUUAUUGUCAUCUUUCCGCCGUAGUGAUGGCCAGCCCGCAGCGUUUCCUGGGUAACAGUCUGCUGCAGUGGAACAACCUGGCGGCAGCCUCCGUCCCCUGGCACGUCGAGCUCAUGUUCCGCACACGUCAGGCGAACGCAACACUGCUGCACAUCUCCUCCGGACAACAGCACAACCUCACACUGCAGGUGGGAGCAAGGUCACACGUCUCAUACUGACACACAUAUUCUUAAGCUAUGAUUAGGUCCACUGUAUGUCUGAGGCCAAGUUGCAUCACUGUUGCAUCCAAAUGCUGCAAUGAACAGCAAUUCACCCUCAAAGGGAAAGUCUAAUUUGGAAAAAAUAAAAGAGAAAUUUUGAGUAAAAUAUUAUGUCUUCAUGAGAGUGACUUCUAACUGUGUACACCUGAAGUUUUGAGGAAGAUCGUAGGAUUAAGGCUCCACCUGUUGGCCAUUCGAGCUACAGCAUCUCAAUUAAGGCCGAGUGAAAACAUCGAAGGCUUUAUGUGUGAUCAGCUACUUAUAUUGAGCUUGUCUGGACUGACACCUCGUUGAAAUGACAUAACUGUCUGAUGAGAUAUUUCCAGCUCUGCUCACCUGUGAUGUUCUGUAUCUCAAAGUUUGACCUAUGACUGUGUGACAGAGACAGUCAGGAGAACUCUGUGUUUGUUUGUCAUUUGUUUCACUGCCCAUCCUCUAUUGUUCCUUCACUGUUAUUGGACUCUGUUUCAAUCUCCCUCCUGCUGUCUCAUCCCUCUUCACGGUUUUCUCCCCCUGUCUUUGUAGCUUCGCGACGGGAGUGUGCUGAUGGGGCUCCACAAAGGAGAAAACUCCACUCUCUCCCGUGUAGAGGAGGUUACAGUGAACGAUGGAGAGUGGCACCACUUGCAGCUGGAUAUUAGCAGUCUGGGGGGAGUAGCGAGUCACCACAAAGCAGUUUUGUCUUUAGAUCAGGGACUCUACCUGGUGAGUUUUAGACUCUUUCCCUCAAGACUCAACCUGAAUUAGAAUCUCUUGGUUUUGCAUAUUAAAACUAUGACAUGCUGCUUUAUUAGGCAAGCAUGGAGGUGGAUGGGAAGUUGCGAGACUCCAAACUAAAGACUGUGAGCAUUGGUGGUUUGGCAAAACUUGACGGCAAAAUUCAGCAUGGCUUUCGUGGCUGUAUACAGGUUGGUACCUUCUGUAGCUGUGGAUUCAAAACAAGAGUUUCAGCUGCAUCUGAAAAAGACAGUGUGCAAAGUAGUUCUGCUAGCACUUUCACAAGUUUACAUAGAAAUAUGAAUGUUAGUGAUUGUAUCUCAUGGUAAUGUGAACUAUGUGUUGAACUAUGGAAAUGUAUUUGUUAUUGUUAAUAACAGUCUCUUUUGCAUAAUGAUAUGAUAGCUGCUGUAAACAGAGAUGUAAAUGCUUGUUUGUUUGUGUGUAUGUUUACAGGGUCUGCGUGUGGGCGGGGCUCUUAGUUUAUCUCAUGCAAGAAAGGUGAAUGUGGAGGCGGGAUGCAGCGUUCCUGACCCCUGCAGCUCCAACCCCUGUCCUGCCAACAGCUACUGCAGCGAUGACUGGGACAGCCACUCAUGCACCUGCCUCGCUGGUUAGUCUGCUGUCAAGUCCAACAAAUAUGGAAAUAAAGCAUAUAUGUAGGGCUUUUAAGGACACUUAGACAUAUCUAUAGCCUAAAUUUACAAUUGAUGCCUCCUCCCAUGCCACCCUAAAACAAAUAAAAGCAUCAUACAGAAAUUAAUCACACUGUGGGUGGGAUGUACCUCUAAGAAAGAAGUGUUACUAAAUGUAUGCUGCUCCUUAGUUUUUUUAAAAACCCACACAGUCUCUUUAUUGCACUUGUUGAGAGUAUUUUUUAGCUGAUGGUAGGGUUGAUUUUAGUUCAGUCUAGUUUAUUGUUUUGUUUAUUAGGGAUCAUUCACAUAUUUUGUUGUAUCCCUGCGCUGUCAGGGCUCGACAGUGCGACCAUUUCACUCGCAUUUGCAACUAGAAAUAGAUGUGUGGGAAUUGUAAAAUGUAUUUAGGGGGCACAUGUGCGCAUAAAAAAAUUAGCCGGGGCAACAGAUGUUUCAUCGGGUGUUGAAUAAGGGACCAUCAAUAAAUUACCGGUUGAUGUUCUCGGAGAAGGCUGUUUUCCCUCAAUAGCUUCCAUGUCAUGUGACCAAUUGACCUAAAAUUAAUUUCAAAUAAUAGUACUUAUGUCGACCAAUAAUACAAACAUUAUUUGAUCAAUUUUCAUUGUGCCCUUAAAGUUCUUCGUGUGUUCCUUACCUUUUCAACUCUGACUGUUGUUGGUUGGGAGAACAGCAUCUUAUCUUUGAUUCUCUUUUUUCCAAUACAAGUGGAAAAUGACAAAUAGAGAGAUUUUGAGAUGUUUUCAAACUCAUUAAAAUUAUUUUUUGUAUUUUUCAUGAUCGUAUGAUGGAGCUUUUAACUUAAACUGUUUAAAUGAAGUUAAGUAUUUAUUAAUUUUCCCAUUUCUUUUUGUUCAGGUUACUAUGGCACAAACUGCACUGACGUCUGCUCAUUGAACCCCUGUGAGCACGAGUCUGUGUGCACCAGAAAGCUGAACUCCCAUCGUGGUUAUACCUGCGACUGCCCCAGCAGCUACUUUGGCCACUACUGCGAGAAAAAGUAUGCCUUCUAUAGUCAUAUCUGUAUUUUAAUUAUGAUUCUCAGGUUGUAUGAGGUGUCCCUCUGCAGGUAAAUUAACAGUGUUUUUCUGCAGGACUGAUCUGCCGUGCCCCAGAGGCUGGUGGGGUCACAAAACCUGCGGCCCCUGUAACUGUCAGACACACAAAGGCUUUGACUCUGACUGCAACAAGACGAGUGGAGAGUGCCGCUGCAAGGUAAGUGUGUAUGCUGACCUACAACACAAACUCAGGACUCUCUAAAACACAAGCAAUAGCGUGAUAAAUAUUAAGAAUCAGCUCUACAACCAAUUAUCUAUCCUUCUCUUUGUUUUUAUGUAAAACUCAUUCAGAUUUUCGCACUGCUUCAGACUUGUAAAAGUUAUGUUUGAACAGGAUUGAGAAAACCACCCCAUGUGACCCCUUGUGGUGAAAUGUUUGAAAGGGGUAUAAAAACAUGUCCCUAUAAGAGACACUGAUAAAGCCCUGGGUUGUGAAACUGUUAUUCAGCAUUUCCUCUCUCCAAUCUCGUUUCCAGGACAACCAUUAUCGCCCUGAAAACAGCGACACCUGUCUGCUGUGCGACUGCUACCCUGUCGGCUCUUUCUCCAGAGCAUGUGACCGAGAGAGUGGACAGUGUCAGUGCAAACCUGGCGUUAUCGGGCGCCAGUGUGACCGCUGUGACAACCCCUUUGCUGAGGUUUCUCCUAAUGGUUGUGAAGGUCAGGAUGGAUGACGUUACUUGACCAAGAGACCAUAAUUCCAUGUUUAUAAUCCACAUAUAAUAAUUUUUCAUCAUAAUCCUCAUUUUCUCUCUCUGCUUUUCCUUCUCAGUAAUCUAUGACAGCUGCCCUCAGGCCAUUGAGGCCGGGAUCUGGUGGCCCAGGACUAAGUUUGGUCUCCCUGCAGCGGUCCCCUGUCCCAAGGGAACGCUCGGUAGGAUGUCUUUUCAGGCAGCUCAUUAAAUUUCCAUAAAAUAAUGGAAAUAUAGGAAUCUCGCCUCCAGCUCUAUUUCAGCUGCAGACUCUCCCUCACUUCUCAUCACUUCUCUCUCUCUAAUGCUCUCUCUCUCUCUCUCUCUCUCUCUCUCUCUCUCUCUCUCUCUCAGGCACAGCAAUUCGACACUGCGAUGAGCACAAGGGCUGGCUUCCUCCCAAUCUCUUCAACUGUACCUCUGUCGCCUUCAGCAAGUUGAAAGCUUUGGUGCGUAACUUCUCUCUCAAUCAGUUUAAAGUUGAAAUAAACUUCGUAAUUCACUCAAAGCGUCUUAUUGUGGAAAGAUAUGGAGAAAAUAAAUAAUCUAAAUAGGUUAGGUUUUGAUUUUCUUGAUGCUUUUAAUGUUUGAUUGAUGUGUGUUUUCAUUCUGUAUUAAUUGUUUUUUAUGCUUUAAUUCACACUGUAACUGUGUGAUAUGGAUAACAGGUUUAUUGAUAUUGCUAUAAAUAGGCCAGAUGUACCAAUCCACUGAGUCUAAAAAAGGUCUAAUAGUUGUCUAAAUGUAGGCUAGAUGAAUGGUCUAAAAUCAGGCCACCGUGACAGAUGUCUAAAAAUCAGUUUUUUUUAGACAUCUAAAUUUAGAACAAGUUUAGAUUAGCCGCGCUUACAGAGGUCUAACUGUAUAUUGCUCAACUGCUAUCAUAAUUAAUUUGGUUAAGUACUUGGAGAUCAGUUAUGCAACUCACAAUUGCUUUUUGAGAUAAACAGUUAUCGUAUAAUGGGUUAAAGUGCAACGUCUAAAUUACGUCUAAAAAUAUACAGAAUCUAGAUGGCUGAAAUUAGGUCUAAAAAAAAAAACUAGACCUCUAAUACCCGUCUACUGAUUUUUCUGGCAUUUAAUUGUAUAUUCAGUGAAAAGCCUCAUAGUGGUACCAGAGUAAUAGUUUGGAAAUCACCACAGUCUUCUAGAUUUAUCCUCAGAGUUCAAUGACAGUGCAUACAGAUCAAGACAGAGUGAUAAUGUGGACAUUUUUGCACAGAUAUUUCAUGGUGGACUGAUAAAAGAUGUUAAUGAACUGAAUUUGUUUUUUUGUUGUUGUUUUUUUUCCUUCUUUCAGUCUGAAAAGUUUUCCCGUAACGUAACACUCUUGGACUCCGGACACGUUCAGCAGACGGCGUCCAUGUUAGCAAAUGCCACCCUGCACACAGAGAAGUACUUCGGCAGUGACGUUAAAGUAGCGUACCGGCUCAUGCAGAGUCUCCUGCAGCAUGAGAGCAGCCAGCAGGGCUUCAACCUCACAGCUACACAGGACGUCCACUUCACUGAGGUGAGAAACUCCACACUGUCGAUGUGUUUCUUCACAUAAUGAAUAAUACUGAAACAACAUGAGAACAACACAACCCUGCAGAUCUUACAGUAAACACGUUCAGUUUAAAAAGUGAAAGCCAGUCGUGUUUGGUGGGACUUUAAUCUGCAGGGUAGAAAAAUCACACUUUAUCUCACUUUAGCUUCCUGUCACACUGAACUCUCGCUGUUCUCUCGCAGAAUCUGGUCCGUGUGGGCAGCUCCAUCCUGUCUCCAGACACAAGGCCGCACUGGGAGCUGAUCCAGCACUCAGAGGGCGGCACGGCGGCGCUGCUGCGCCAUUAUGAGGAAUACGCCAACACACUGGCACAGAACAUGAGGAAGACCUACCUCAGCCCCUUCACCAUCGUCACACCGCAUAUAGGUGGGCAGUUUAUCUGAAGAGGGACAUGUGUGACUUUCUGUGGACAUUUGGAUGCAGAAAGAUGUUAAUGUAGUGACUAUGCUGACCUGAAUUUUAGCGAGAGUGAGAUGUUUUUGACGCACCUCUAGUACAAUCCAAUGUCCAAUUCAAGGUCGUUGUUGAGUUAUAUUUUCGCAAUUUAUUGAUUUGAUAAAAAAGACACAAAAAAGAUAGAUAAGUCCAACUUACUACGAUGGUAAUGUUCGUGAUGAAGAUGAAAGUGGUGUCAGAUUAGCGGUAAAACUAUGCUCCUCCCGUUCUCCAGAUCACUGCUUCACCUGUGUCCCUUUGUAGCAUUUACCUGCCCAUUCACCUGAAGUGCCCCUUGUGGUGAUUGCGCAAAUAACAAAACAAAACCCAAAAAAUAAUACAGAUAAAAUGGCUCAUACAAUUAAAAAUGUUGAUAAUUAUAUCUUUGACAGCACUUAACUGAGAGCUGAAAGUAAGAGUUAUUUUUUUACAUCCCUACAAUAGUCUUUCUUGUCGAAUCUUGACUAAUCAUUUAAAGUGUUACCUCAAAAUAUAUUUAUGUAUCCAGCCAAAAACCUCACAUCAAGGGUAACAAAGCAAUAAAUAUGUUCAACAAAUUCAUACAAAGACAAACAAUAACUCAGCACAGUUUGGCCUUGUAGUACAUGUAAAAUCUGAUGUAAAGAUUGAUGAAGGGGUGUGUCUAUACACUGUCAGUAAAAAUAUCAGAAAUUCCCCCUAAACCGUGAAAAAAAACACAUUUCCUAAUGAUGCACAGAGUAUGCAUAUCUGGGAUUUUGGACUUUUUGGACUAAAUUUUAAUAAACUAAGAGAUAAAGAGAUCUAGCCCACUGAGCAAUAGACGGCUAUUAGACAUCUAGUUUUUUUUUUUUUAGACCUAAUUUCAACCAUCUAGAUUCUGUAUAUUUUUAGACGGGAUUUAGACGUUGCACUUGAACCCAUUUUUCGAUAACUAUUUAUAUCAAAAAGCAACUGUGAGUUGUAUAACUGAUCUCCAAAUACUUAACCAAAAUAAUUAUGUUCUGUUGAGCAAUAUACAGUGUAGUUAAAAUAUAGCCCAGAUUUAGAUUUAGUCUAAACUUGGUCUGAAUUUAGACGUCUAAAAAACUUUCAUUUUUAGACCUGUGGUAGCCUGAUUUUAGACCAAUCAUUUAGGCUACAUUUAGACGUCUAUUAGACCAAAAAAUGCUCAGUGGGAGCAUUGUGAGCUAGAGGUACUAUAUCCAGCAGUAAAGCUUGGAAAUAGCGUUUAGACCCCUAGCAGAGAGAUACGAUUGUCUAAAGUCGUGUGAAACUUUCUGAGUCACAAAACGUUUUCUGUCUUUAGUUUCAGACCGGCAGGAGUUUGCCCUCUUCUUCCGCAGGUCAAUAACACAGACAGGUAAUAAUAAGGCAGGUGUCCCUCAGAGCUCUCUGACUCAGACUGUACGUGUUUUUUUCAGUCAUCUCUGUGGAUCGUCUAAAAAAGAUGAACUUUGCCGGGGCCAAACUCCCCCGGUACCAGUCCCUGAGGGGUCCUCGCCCUGCAGACCUGGAGACGGCGGUCACCCUGCCUGAUUCGGUCUUCCAACCACCUGUGGACACAAAGGGCCACAGGCACCUGGACGUUUUCCCUGAGUCAUCGCUGAGGAACCGUUCGGCCAACAGGAAGAGACGCCAUCCUGAGGACAACCAGCAGGAUGCCAUCGCCAGCGUGAUCAUCUUUCACAGCCUGGCCUCACUGCUGCCAGAGAGCUACGAUCCUGACAAGAGGAGUCUGCGGUAAGAUGGAUAAACCAACCUUUAAUUCUGCAUUUCAGUUAAAAAAAUAAGGCCCAAAUUGUUACUCGUAUAGUUAUUUUUUGCAGUCUAUAGUUACAGAAGUUAAUCUUUUUAUUCUUGCUUUUUUGGUCUCAUAACCUUCAGGGUGCCAAAGCGUCCUGUCAUCAACACACCUGUGGUCAGCAUCACAGUCCACGACAAUGACGAGCUGCUGCAGCACACGCUGGACAAACCCAUCACUGUGCAGUUCCGCCUUGUCACCACAGAGGAGCGCUCCAAACCCAUCUGUGUCUUCUGGAACCACACCAUACUGUGAGUACAGCAACACACACGCAGGCAUACAGAGGAGGAUUAAAUAAAGCAUAUCUUUAUCCCACUUUGUCUAAGUUUGUACAUAUUUUGUCAUUUUUGUGAUACUUCAUGUUUAAUGUUUAAUGUUUGUACAGAGAGAGCAAAGCUUUACCGCACACAUAUGUGGCAAAUAAAGCUGAUUCUGAUUCUGGUCUUUGUGUUGUGUGUCAGCGGUGGGAAUGGCGGCUGGUCUGCUAAAGGCUGUGAGGUGGUUUUCAGAAACAGCACCCACAUCAGCUGUCAGUGUUAUCACAUGACCAGCUUUGCUGUACUCAUGGAUGUCUCCAGGAGAGAGGUGAGACUAUCUAAAACUUUUAUUUUUACCCAAACACAGAUGUCAUCUCUCUCUGUUUUUUCACUCAAACUUUUUCUCUCCUGAUUGUUUUUGUCAGAAUGGAGAAAUUCUGCCCAUCAAAAUCAUAACAUGGAGCGCAGUGGGAGUAACACUCAGUUUCCUCUUCCUCACCACCAUCUUCCUCCUCUGUCUGAGAGCCAUCCAGAGCAACAAGACGAGUAUUAUCAACAAUGGAGCCACCGCUCUCUUUCUCUCUGAGCUCAUCUUUAUCUUGGGCAUCAAUCAAGCUGACAACCCGGUACUUUAUCAGUCUCCGAAGUAAUUUCUUCUCUUUGUAUUUUUUUUCUCUUUUUCGGUCUUUGACUGAUUCUCCUUCUUUUUGCAGUUUCUGUGCACCAUCAUCGCCAUCCUGCUGCACUUUUUCUACCUUUGCACUUUCUCCUGGCUCUUCCUGGAGAGUCUGCACAUCUACCGCAUGAUCAGCGAAGUGAGAGACAUCAACUAUGGACCCAUGAGAUUCUACUACCUGAUUGGUUGGGGAGUUCCUGCCUUCAUUACAGGUUUGAACCUCCAUCAAAUCACAUACAUGUACAUGCUGCAGUUUUGGCAUCAAAGUUUGUCCUGGAGAUGUUCAUCCCUGACAACAAAUUGAUUUUCAACCUUGGCAUAUUUGUUAUAGAAAAACUACUUCACAGUGUUUUAAAGCACAUUUUUUUCAUUCCCUUACACUUACUCAGCAGUUUCUCAAAUAUAGAUAUAGAGUUAAAGCAAAUACAAAUAAAGUAAAUUUUUAAAAAACAGAGAAAUAGAGCUGCAUUUUCAUACCUGCAUGACAAAUUCUGUUGGUUUAUUGGACCCAGGGAUUACUUCUACUGAAAUGUUAUUAGGGCCCGAGCCAAAGCUGCAGGCAGCGGGCGAGAGCCCUGUUGAAAUUGCGGGAAUUAUUUAUUAUUAUAAACUUUAAACUUCUUUCUCCUUUUCAACCCUCUAGACAGGCUCAAAAACUCCUGAAAUUUGGCAGACAGGUCGGGCCUGGCUCAAAUUCAUAUUUUGCAGUGCCCCUAUAUAUAUGAAGAAGAAAAAAAGGCUCUCUAGCGCACCCUACAGUUUUCAUGCUAGGGGAGUUUCCUGUACAACUUCCCGUACACUGGUUCCACCUCCACAAGAUUUCAGUCAUUUGAAAAGGGUCCAGCACUGAACAGUUUAACACCAAACUUACAUCCAUAUGUUGUGGUGUAACCUGGUGGGGAAUGCGUGUAACUCCUUCUUUAUUGAUGGGAUGCAGCUGAGAUUUGUUCAGGACACACCUGAUGGGGUACCAGGUAGGCUAGAAAAACUAGCACCAUGUUUCGUUAAACUGUGCUUAGGUGGUGCUAUGAAAUGUCUCCAAAAAUAUAGCAAUCUGUGAUAUUGCUAUAGAUAUGCACAGCCACAUGAAAUCUGGUACCCAGAUCACAGAUCCUCUUGAGCAUGGGUGGGCAAUCAUUUGCCAUGGAGGGCCAAGAGGCUGCAGGUUUUCUUUCCAACCCAAAACUCCACCAGGUGAUUUCACUGAUUACCUUACCUCCAAGCAGAGAGCAGGGACUAACUACCUGGUGGAGUUUUGGGUUGGGAAGAAAACCUGCAGCCUCUUGGCCUUCCAUGGCACAUGAUUCCCCACCCCUGCUCUUGAGGGUUCCAAUGUCAAAAUGGAGAUCCAACAAAAAAUGGAUCCAUAGCGCCCCCUACAAAAUUUCAAACCUAUGUAAUCAAGGACACUGUUGUUGGACCCCAAUACGAGCAAAAAGGGGACUACAUAGGUGGCGAUGGUACACAGCUCAUGCCCGUUGGUGGCCUGCAGGGCACUAGUUAUUUUGUUUUUAUGUAUUAUUUACAUGGUUUCUGUUGAUUGAUUAAUGUGGUUCAAUUUAGUCAAGCAAUAACCAAAUCCACUUUGUGAUGAUUUUAUCUUAAUAGACAUGCUCAUGCCUCUGUCUGUCUGUCUGUCUGUCUGUCUGUCUGUCUGUCUGUGCACAGGUCUUGCUGUGGGACUGGACCCUGAAGGCUACGGGAACCCUGACUUCUGCUGGCUGUCCAUGUACGACACUCUGAUCUGGAGCUUUGCUGGACCCAUCGCCAUGGUGGCCUCUGUGAGUCCCUGCUGUUAUUAACCCUCACCUUGAAGGAACUUUGGUUCAUUGGAGUUUGUUUACUGAAUGGAGAUUAUUCAUCAUCAUUCCAACAUGUGUCACUCUUGUUAAACACCUACAUUUCCAAAGACUCACGUGCACAUGAACACAUCACAGCUCAACAUGCUGACUCAUGGUGGUGAUCUCAUUAGAGCUGUGGUUGUUUUUAGAGCUCGCACACCCUUCAUUGUCCUGCUGAGUCACUGUCAGAGAGCUUUUAUGUUUACUCACCCUGAGAAAUAACAGGAAGAUUCAUUUGUUGUUUACUUUUACACACCUUGGCCUUGUUCUGUGCAGUGAUUGAUGUUGUUUCCACAGAUGAACAUCUUCUUGUACAUCCUUUCGUCCAAAGCGUCGUGCUCGCUCAGACACCACAGCAUGGAGAAGAAGCAGCCUCGAGUGUGAGUGUCACUACGGUAUUAUCAUUUAUGAACACCAGCAUUGUUUAUUUACUGUCUGAUUGAAAAAGAAUGAAGAAAACAUUUAAGUCUGGGUUUUCCAAAUUUCCUGUUCAAACCGGUUAACCUGGUCCAACAGCAGGUUCAGGGUUUCAGUGAUUAAAGCCCCAUCAGAGCUGAAUAACAAUGCAUUCCUCAUUUUCUGGCCAUGGUGAGUUAUUACAAUAAGGAAAUGAAUGCAGAGGGAUGUGUUUAAUCGUGUGUGUCAAAUGUUUUAUUUUAAUUAUCCUUUUUUGUGACACAUAAGUUGUUUUUUGUUAUUUACCUUGGUGCAUUAUCGUUUGGAGUUUUGCUUUAAGCAUAAAGGAAUGCUACUUUUUCCUAUUUCCCUGUGUCCAAAAGCUCCAAUAUUGAAUCAUGAGCAGUAACAUUUUGAUUCUGUACAGCACUCAUGUAUUACUUUUCUUUGUCAGAUAAAAUGGAUAAAAUUUAGAUGUUAAACUUUGGAGACACUUUCAAACAUAUGGCCUCUCCUGGGAUAUCUGUACUUUCAUGGUGGCGACAUCCAAUCCAAUCCCAAUCCAAGUUUAUUAAUGAAGCACUUUUAAAAACAACAAAAUGCUGACCAAAGUGCUGUACAGUGAAAAUAAAAAAUAAAAAAACAAUAAAAACAGACAAUUAACAUGAACAAUAAAACAAAGACACGGGACCACAUUACAGACAGGGGGACAUAGAUGGUUCAAUAAAAACAUGAUUAAAAAGCCAAAUUCUCAAGAUUUGAAAGCAAAGGAGUAAAAGAAUUAAAGCUUUUCUUUGCCACACUUGCUUUCAAAAGACAAACUUACAUGUAACCCAAUCUACAGUUUAGGCACCACUGGUCUUAUGGUCGAAGUGCAUGCUUCAUAUACGUGGAGGUUGUGCCCCAAUAAGUCUGACUUUGAUUCCAGCCUGUGGGUGAUUUUUCACAUCUCACUCCCCACUCAUUUCCCCCCAAUACUUUUCUUUCCUCUGUUGAAAUUAAGAAAGUCAUGGUUAACAGAUCAGAUAAAUUAAUCCAGUUGCUUGGUACUGCAUAGAUGUCCUCAUCUUUUAGAGAGCACAUGUCAUCCUUUAUGCUUCUAACUAUCAUCUCUGCCUCCUCUCUCUCCCUCUCUGGUUUGUCGUCACCCUGCAGCUCGGGCCUCAAGACUGCUGGUGGCGUUCUCUUCCUUGUUUCUGUCACCUGUUUCCUGGCGCUCCUCUCCGUCAACAGUGACAUGAUCAUCUUUCACUAUCUGUUUGCUGGGUUCAACUGUGUGCAGGUGAGUGCUUCAACUCCCUCUGGAACUCUUCGAUGUGUUAAUAUAAGUUUGUUUUUUUUUACUCAUCCUCCUCCCUUUUCGAUCAUCCUACCCCAGGGUCCCUUUGUUUUCUUCUUCCGCAUCGUCUUCAAUAAGGAAGCCAGAAAUGCCAUGAAAUACUGCUGCAGCCGCAAGCGUCCUGAUCAUAUGAUGAAGUCAAAAGCAGCUGUGAGUUCCUCUGAGACCAAACUUCACUUUGUCACACACCUUGAGUUUGUACACUGCAAAAAGGGGGGUCUAAAAACAAGAUAAAAACACUAAAUCUGGAGGAAAAGGUUAUAAAAACAAGUGAAAUUAUCUGUCCAUGCAGGAAGAUUACUUUACUUGACAAGAGUUCUUAAAUUAAGAUUUUUAAAUCUAAAAAUAAACAUGUCUACAAAUAUAUUUGGAAGGCUUAAAGUAAGCCAAAAAUGCAGUUUUUAAGAUCAGAUUACUUAAAAUUUGACUUUUACAGUCCCAAAAAUAAGUUAAAUUUACUAAAUAUAAGCAUAAAAUAAGUAUAAAAUGCAGUUUUAAGAUCAGAUUACUUGAAAUUUAACUUUUACAGUCAAGUUUUUUUGUCUUAGUAAGAACCAAAUAAUUUGCAGUGUAGAGCUGAGGUUCACACUGGCGCUGAUUUUAUCUUAGUGGAUUAUAACACUAUCACAAUUCUCUUGACCUUUUUAAACUUUAGCUGAUGUCAGAUUUACUGAGACUAGGAUUAUAAUUUUAACUCAAAUGCUAAAACUGGGGACACACUAUUUUCUGUAGUAUAUAACUGAGAAUCAAACAUUUUAUAAAUCAGUACAGUCUCUGUGCAAGGGCUGUUUUUGAUUCUGAAUUGUCUUUGUGUUUCCAGGGUUACAAAUGUAAUACAAACUACAUGGAUGGCAGGCUGUACCAUCUUCCCUUUGGUGACUCCAGCGUGUCACUAAACGGGACAGUGCAGAGUGGAAAAAGCCAGCAGAGCUACGUGCCAUUUGUCCUCAGGUAAACCAACAACAAAAUAAUUCAUACAUUCAUACAGUCACAGACUAAAAAAACUGGAUUACCUUCCUGAGUUACAACAUCAGCCAUGAAAAAAACCCUCUUGUCUUUUCAGGGAUGAUGGAUUGAGCAACAGUCAGGCUCACAUCGCUCUGAACGACCACGUUUCACUCUUCCACGAGACUAAAGAGCACCCGGACGGUACGUUUCUCGUCGCUCCCUUCGAGUUUGUUCAAUUCAGUGAUUGUUUUGACUACAUGAAUAUGUCGUCUGUGUGCAGAUCAUGACAGCGACUCAGACAGCGACUUGUCUCUGGAGGACGAUCAGAGCGGUUCGUACGCCUCCACACACUCCUCGGACAGUGAGGACGAGGAGGGUCCACUUCCCCCUGAGGAAUGCUGGGAAAACUUGGCGUCGAAUGGGGUCAAGAGACCACAACCACACGGUACAGAAGCUCACCUAAUGUAUUGUGACAUUUAGAUUUCAGUGUUAAGCAUCUCUCUAGUUUUCAGAAUAUAUGGCACUAACACCCUGUAAGAUAGAUGUUUAAAGUCCUACUCCAAUUAUUUUUUUUACUACUUAAAGUGUUCUCAGUGGUCUUCAAACUGUGAUUAUUAAGUUUUUAGCCAAAAUCGUGUUACCUUUGUCGUUUUCAAGGGCUUUUCUUCUGCAGCGCUCGAGUAGAUCAUUAGCAAUUUCGCCCCUGAGUCGUGGGAGGAGACAGCGCUGCUCUGCACACUUCUCCUCGAGUUAGCUUGCAGCCUAACAUUGGUGUAGUAAAAGAAACAGGUAACAUAGGAGCUAUUCAGCUCUCAGACACAAAUGUCUUUAGGGACGCAAUAAAAGCUAAUAUCAUAAUUAGCUUUCUUAUGAGCAUUUAAAUCCACUAACGCAGAAACUUGUUCCGCAAUAGUCUUCUCUAUUUCUCCAAGCCUGGCCUGCAUAGCGGGGCUCCGGGGGCGGAGCUUGGAUUUGUUACAUAGGAAAUCUCACUGUAUCUGAUCCUGCUGUCUUGGUCUGCCAGAGAUUCACAGCGAUUUGAAUGCAGAAAUACUCAGAAAUGUAAUUUCACACUUUUUUUUCUCAUGAUAUGUCCUCUAGUAUCAGAAAAAUGCCAUAUGAACAUGUAGACAACAAGACAAACAUGAUUUUCAUUGGAGUGGGUCUUUAAAUAGAAUCUUUACAUCAGACUUAAAGAUAAGAAGAGCUACAGAGACAUCUGUGCUGAGUUUGAUUUCAUCCAUUCUUUGUGUUUUUCAGAUAACAGUUUGAGUAAGAUGUACUGGCCUGCAGAUUACACAGCAGCAGGAAGUGACGGCGAGCUCUCGGGUGCUGACAGACAGAAGCCGGACGCUCUAAACAAUCAAGAUCAGGCCCUCGGCCGAGAUCCCCGAAUGUUAUCAGAAGGCCGGACGCAAGAAAGCAUGAUGAUGCUUCUGCCCAGUCUGCCAAACCUCCACGCCCACCCUCACAAAGGUACAGGACUGAAGAGAUCACAUGGUUUAGAAUUUUUUUAUUUGUAUUUUUUUGAGGUUGAUAAAUACAUGUCUCCUUAUGGACACCACGUCUUUGUUUCCAGGGAUCCUAAAGAAGAAGCAGCUUUCUCCAAUUGUAGAGAGAAACGGUCCAAACCGCAUCAACAAUGAACUCUGUGAAAACCCUCCAGACUCAGCGUCUCUUCAGGGGUCAUCCUCGAGUGAUGGACGAGCAGGCCCGGCUAAACACAGCCUGCCUGAUCAGCUGAACGGGGUCGCCAUGAGCAUCAAAGCGGGGACUGUAGACGGUGACUCAUCAGGAUCAGAGUAAGUGUCCAUAUCAUUUACAGACUCAUUCACUUGUAACAUCCAAAAAUCAGAUCCUUUCAUGAUAAAUGUGUUUUUCCUCUAAGUGUGUUCACGUAGCAUCACAAAGUCCUUCAGUGUUUCCUUCAAACGUCUGUGUCAAACUUUGAUCCGUGCUGUUUUCAUUGUUUGUGGUCUGUCUCAUUUCCAUAACGACAAAGUAGACUUUAACCAAAUGAAGACAGAACCCAUCCUGCUUUCUCCCAAACGGUCAAUGUGGAGGGACCCUAAAUGUUUGAAUUAGAUUUAAUUGGACUUAAAGCAGUGACUCUUAAUGUAGAGAUGAAGACUUAACAUGUAGGAUAUUUUAACCCCAACAGCUGCCUGUAGAUCACUUUAAAGAUAAAGUGAAGUUUCUGCUUUUUUUCUCCAUUUUCAAUGCUGUUCAAAAAAAUACCCACUGUGGCAAAAACACGAUAGUUUUUAUUAAACCAAAGACAAGUGAAGCAAAGUUGAGCUGAGAGGUCGGUGCUUUAGUAAACGGGAAUAUAUUUGCUUUAAUAAUAAACCAUAUUUUUAAGCAAAGAUGUGGUUUGUACGACAGAGUAUUAGGGCCACAUUUAGAAAAAAUUUUUUAGACUUCAAGAUUAAAAAUGUUAAUUUACGAGAACAGAGUCAUUACUAACAAAAUAAAGUCGGAAUAAAACCAUUAUGAUACAUAUGAUAAUGUGGUGCUGAUGUGCCAAAAGAUUAAGUAUCUCCUUGUUUGAGAAACAUAUACUAAAGGACAUUUUCAUGAAAUGCUCCAUGGCAGUUAGAAUAUAAGGACUUUAUUCUGACUUCACUCUCAUUAGUAAUAACUUUAUUAUGACUUUAGUCUCGUAAGUAAUGACUUUAUUCUCAUAAAUUAAUGACCCUAAUCUCAAAGUCUUGCUUUUUUUUCUUAUUUUGUGGACCUUAUACUCCCUCGUAGGUUUGGGCUUUUUUUUUUUAAUAUUAAUUUAUAUGUUUUAAGAUAUCAAAUACUUCAGAGUGUACUUUUCAAGACAAGCAGAAAAAGAAAUACUACUACUACGUCUGAGUCUUAAAGCUCAAUUUCUAAAUCAUUUUUGCAAACAUGCUUUUUUCACACCAAAAGUAAAACACAAGAGAUCAGAAGUUUGUCACCCUUAAAAAGCUGUAAUCCCUUAUUUUGUCAAUGCCUAAAAAGGGAUGGAAAGUUUUUUCUCUCAUUUGCUGCAGUAAUCUGUAGACGAUAAAGUACAGAUGCACUUCUAUAGGAGGAAAUGAUGGCUCACAUUUACACUUGUGUUUAGCAUCCGUCUGUGAUGCUGCAAAUGAGUGUUGAGAUUAAAACAGGAGCUUAUGCCUGGAGUUAAAGAGGAUGCACUGAUCUCCUGGUCAAGAUGUUGACUUGUACAUUUAUGAUCAUAAAUGCUCGUUUUCUUGGAUUCUAUUUGGUCUUCUUUGCAGUGAAAAAUAAUCCUCUUAAAUUGAAUAACUAACCCUCUUUGCUCCCUCUCUCUUUCCUAAAACCAUAGAUUUUUAUUCUUUAAUUUUAUCCCAUGAAGCUCUGAUCCUCAUUAAACACAAUCAGGAUCACUGUCUUCAGAUUGGUGCAUCAUAUCAGCAUCUGUCACCUCUCCUCACAGCCUGUGUGUGUGUGUGUGUGUGUGUGUGUGUGUGUGUGUGUGUGUGUGUGUGUGUGUGCGUGCGUGCGUGCAUGCGUGUGUGUGUGUACAAAUGUAACAUCGCCUCAUGUGUUUAUUUUCUUUUAUUUCUUUUCUUUUUCAUGUUGUGCUGCACUCCACAUCUUCAUCUUCCUCCUCCUUCAUUCACCAUCCUGUUUUCCCAGCAGCCACUGCAACACCACCAUGUGACCGCGCUGACGGAGAGGUGUGUCUUUGCAGGUCAUAGAACCUCCUUCCUCAACAACAGCUGAAAAAGGGAGCAGCGGACUUACUCUAGAGAGACAAAUGUGGAAAAAAGAAGGAAUUCCCUAUUGUCAUCACGUGUGAGUGUGUGUGUGAGAGAGAUAGUGUUUGUGUUUGUGUGUGUGUGUGUGUGUGUGUGUGUGUGUGUGUGAGUUCAAACAUGUGUGCCAAACCUCAGGAGUCCCAGCACUGGUCCAGGCUCAUGCACACUGAAGAAAUGAGUGUCACUCUCCCUUUAAACAAAUCAUCUUGUUUACAUACUUGAAGCAAUGCACUUUUUUAAUUCACAGCGCAGUUUGAUUCAUUUGUUUGAUUUUUUUUUUUUUUUUGUAAGUGUAUAAGGACAUGAAUUUUGUUUUUGAAGACUGUGGAACACUAAAGUGGUCAUGUUUUGUUUGAUUUUCGGGAGGGUCAUUCAGUCGUAGAUCUGCAUUCAGGGAAAUUCCAUUUUGAUGCUGAAGUUCGUUGUCAUGUCUUCCUGGUUUGCCUGUUCGUGUUUCAGUGCCAGUCUGAAAAGCUCAGACUCUCAUAGAGUUAUUUUGAACGCCUCAUACGUCCAAGAGGCACAAAGUGAUUAAGUGCAGCUCAUUCACAGAUUCACAGAGACGUUUUCAGAUUUCAGAAACUUGAAAAGAAGGACUAGUGGAGUCUGGGUCUCUGAAUAAGCUAUUUCACACUGUUGGAGGAGGUUUGGAGCUGAUGGGCUGCACCGCUCAGCCUGUCAGGAGGGAAAACUGCAUGUGCAGAUCUACAAAGGACUCAAAGGACUUUUGAUACAUGUUUUGUACAUCAUUGAGAGUGCAUUUUUAUGGACAUUUAAAGUGCUCCCAUUCAUUUGAGCUCAGUGACUUAACAGCUGUAUUUUAUAGAUUAGCUGCGCAGCUUUUUUGUCAUUUGUAAAGCAAAGAAACAUGCAGAAUUGUGCUGUAAUACUAUUUGACUGUAAUCCAUUUUUACUGUACAGAGUGGCCUGUAAAUGAAACAUGGACAUAUCAUGUAAUGUAAGUAAAUAUGUAAACUGUUUUUAUCCAAUACCUUCUAUUGGACUUAAUACUCUCCGUCACAUUGCUGUGAUCUCUGUGGAUUCCAUUUUUUUCAGCUUGACGACUUUGUUGUACAUAUUUCAUGCCAUAUGAGUCAAAGCUACCAGAUCAAUCAUAUCAAUCUGGUAACCCAACAGAGAAUAGUCUGGUUUACUCUGCCGCUCCUGUUUUUACCAAUUAAACUGUUUUCUACCAUU